AUGCCUGUCCUCAAUGCGACCGCACCUUCACCUCACACAUCAGCCUGGUCGGUCCCUUGCGAGCCCAGUGCACCCACCACGCUCAACCCCAUUCUAUCGCUCAGUGUGCCCGCCACCACCACCACCACCACCGCCACCGCCGCCACCACCACCACCAUCUUCCUAGCUGACACUGUCACCACCGACUUCUCGUGUCCACACUGUCCCCGAGCAUUCACCUCACACAUCGGCGUGGUCGGUCGCCUGCGAAGCCAUCGCACAGAGACUGGCGACCCACUGACUGAAGCACCGCCUCCACUGUCCACAAUGCCCUCGCACAUUCAUGCCCCGACCACAUACACGUCCAUGAGAACCUGCGGUAGACGACCGCCGGCUGCAUCCCACCACCACGUCCUCCCUCACCAUCAUCUCCUCGUACAUCAGCAUCACCAAACACAAGCAUCAAAUGGUCACCUUUUGCGCAAACAGGGCGUACGCGCCUCGACUCGGUCUCUGUGCGACUCCCGCUGCAUGCGUGACUCGACACUAUAACUGCGCGUCAAGGGCCUGGCUGGAAGGCCGUUGACUUACGUCCCAACUCAGUCCACGCCAUCCGUCCAAUUGUGUGUGCGUUUGUAGGGAUUGGCGGACUGGUGGGUGGUGGCCGGCGAACCAGGCUAAAACAGCUCCUUUCACGACACUCGCACGUCGCUCAACCCCCCUUGUGUGAAAUCCUGGGACUUGUGUUUGUCGGGCCAGGUCGUGCAUGUGGUGUGCCCAGACAAGGUACUAGACCAUGUCAGCCACCGCGCCCCCCCUUCCCUACAUCAGUGAAAUGACCGGCUUGGCUGGGGCCUGGGAAUGGGCGUAGAGAGUGAGGUCGAAGUAUACGCGCAUCUGCCUCGCUAUAAACAAUCUAACGCGUUUGAAGCUAUCACGGUGUGCUAAAAGCCGUGGCUUAGAAUGUUGCCCACCUACGGGAUAACUUAGACCUCGUAGUCGGUCGAGUAUUGUGUGUUUGUGUGGGGCGGCCGACUAGUGCUUAAAGAGUCAAGCUGAAAUGGCCUCCUCUUUAUAAGCCCUUUACGGCACUCCCAGUCCGCGGGAUCCGAGCUAGGUGUGGCCGACGCCUAGGUGCGGCUUUGGUCGUGCCAGUCUCCAUUCUUUGUUGUUGGUCAUGAACCUGGUUGUUGAUAGAAGCGAACAGGCGAGUCCCAGGUAGCAGUUCAGACGAUGAAGAUGCGAUCACUGGGACAAGAACUUUAUUUGCCUGACGUUUCGGAUUCUCACUCGAAUCCAUCAUCAGAGACAUUCGCAGAUAGAGGUGAAGGUGGCACCAGGAGUGCAGUAUUUAUAGCACGUGGCUGCCGUGGGACCGCUUGCGUACUGCAAUUAACAGUUCUCACAAUCGCCGCUGGGGUCGUAAUUGAUGCGGCGGUGGCUUGGCGGUCCGAGUCCGAGUUGUUAAUUGCCGCGAUUUCGUCAUCCGUGCUCGAUGCUGGUGUGACGAUUGCUCGGCAAACUGGCUCACUGUCACCGUGAUAAUUGCUCACCCGCGCCCUCCCCACGUGACUGAUUCUCCUGCCCAGGGGAAAUCACAAUACGGAAUAGGGCACCGGGAGGUCAUUGUGUUUGACCUCCCUCGCCUCUGAAAUUCGUUUCGUAAACGGUCAAUUCCGGGCAGCCUGAGGUUGAGUUUGCGCAUACUAGACAUCUCUUCAUUUUCUGGUCGCAUCUGAACAUGCCGGCUGUGGAGGGAUAGAAGUUUUUGAUAGAGAAGAACCUGGAAAUAUAAGCGAGAUUUCUGGUACAAACGUCGACGCCUCCGCGCAUCUGCCUCACUAUAAACAAUCUAACACGCUUGAAGCUAUCACCGUGUGCUAAAAACCGUGGCUUGAAAGGUUGCCUACUUACGGGAUAACCUAGACCUCGCAGUAGGUCGAGUAUUUUGUGUUUGUGUGUGACGGCCGGCUAGUGCUCAGGGAGUCAGGCUUCAAUGGCUUCUUCUUAAUAUGGCCUUUGCGGCAAUCCCACUCCGUGGGAUCCGAGACGGGUGUGGCGGCACGCCUAGGUGCGGCUUCGGUCAUGCCAUUUGUUGUUGGUCAAGAACCUAGUUAUUUGUUUUGUGUACCAGGGGGUGUGGAGUGGAGCGCAAUGGUUCGAAUUUGACCGAGCCAUCCACUGCGUUCGCCCGCGCCUUCGGCCUUCUUGACUCCGUCUUGACACCGGGUCCAUGUGGGGAAGGACUGGAGUGUGCGGUAGAUGCUGCACAAGUUCGCAUUCGCUUUAAAGUAGAUCCUGCGCAAGUCAUCGUCCCUGUUCUGACCUUGUAGGGGGGCACACAGUGGACACUGUCGAAAUCGAGGAUCAAACUCUCAAUUUUACAAGCAUGGUGCACUUACUCUCACCUCUGCAAUUGUUUUCACAAGCAGUCAAUUCCGAGCAGCCUGAGGUUGCGUUUGCGCAUACUAUGCAUCUCUUCGAUUUCUGGUAGCAUCUGAAUAGGCUCGCUGUAGGGCUAGAAUUAUUUUAUAUAGAAGAACCUGGAAAUAUAAAAGCGAGGGUUUUGCAACGAGCAGAAGAAUGUUACUGAAUGCGAAACUACGUCUUUUGGUGGCCGCGUCCGAAGAUUUCCUGUUUUAUCUUCCGGAAAUUCCUCAUGGCAAGUAUUGACAUUUUCACUUUCACGCAUCAAGGUUCUCACGUUUGCUCUAACCAUCAUACGGAAAAUUUAAUUGAAAAACGUAUAAGGCGGUCGCUAAACCAGGGUGGUUAGAAUUUUUCCGAAUAUUCUGGAUCCAGAAUUUGAGUAAAUGUCGAAAUCCUUGGUUGCUAUUACUCAUAUAGAUAUAUAAUUUCUAAUGUAUUUUCAAAAAAGGGACUUUGUGGAAGUUGUAAUCCAUUCCCUAGGUCGCUAUAUGAAAUUGCAGAUAGAGUAGAGUGUCGGCAGGGUGAGGGAUACUAGGGUGGCCAUUUCUGACUUGCUAGCCGACCUCAGCCAUGUCUAUCAAGAUGCAGCUUUCGCAGGACCUGGACUCCUCAUGCUUUUGUCGACCUUCAUCGCGUAGUGCUGAUCGCUAUAUCACUGACUGGGGGGCCCUAGAUUGGCCUUUAUGACACAAAAUGGGAACGCGUACCUGUAAUUUGAUUAGUUAAGGCACUUUAGAAAUAAUUUAAUAUUUCUGAUCGCGGCGGACAGGAUAUCGAGUUAGUUGCUCAGUCAUUAGUGCCUUGGUGUAACAACAAUCGAUGAUUAGAACAAAACGCGAGUUCGUAGCUGAGGUGCAGCCAAACCUAGGCUCAUGUAAGGUUGACCGACGACGGCUAAUAAGCCAUACACAAAUAUGUAAUUAAAACGAAUUCGACCGUUGUUAUCCAGUUGUUCUUUGAAAAUUAAAUUCCUGCAAGGUCGUAAAAACGAAGUAGAGACAAGAACGACAGACGCUACGUUUAACAGUAAUUAAAUUUUCUGUUCAAAAUACGGAUGGUACUACGCAGUAGAUGCCAUUGACAAGGUGCAUUUGCACCAGGAAACACAGUUUUAAACAAUUUCUACUUCUUUGCCUAUUUAGGACAAGGCCUAUAUACAUAAUAAUCCUCACGUACUGUGUGCUAUUAUGUUAGUUAGCCACAGACUGCGGCGCAUAAAUUGUUACCAUUGUAUCAGGAGCCACCGUUUGUGCGAAAUUGUUCGUGGUCACGAAACUCGCAAGAAAUAUUCCUCGUUAGCAGAUAGAUGUUCCGUUACAAAAAUCGAUAUUUGUUUAUUCGUGUUAUUUACUCAAAGGCAGUUUGUUUAUCACACAUGCAUGAAUUGAUUGUGUAGUAGAUUUUAGCCUCCUGACAGCACUACGUUUGCCUACAUGUAGCUUUAGUUGUUUGCUAAAGCAAAGCUAACUUUUAAAUGACGAAAAUUAAACACUGAGUAAGUAAGAAACCUUUAAAAACAGCCCAUGUUUUUCGAUAUCACAGAAUGAAGACAAACUGCUGAGCAUUGACUAUGGUCCUGACUAUUCGUGGUACCGAUAAGUUAUUGUUUGAGUAUUUAUUCACCAGUGAGUAAAUCAACGAUCAUAUGUCGGAGUUGGCCAAAAAUCCAACAGUUCGCAAAUAGUUUAUUUUGGGCAGACCAAUGCAAAGGCACAGGAGUCAGUCCUGUGUUGUCGAAAUAUCGGCGACUCCAAACGUUGUACGACCGCCUGGGCUAUGAGUCCCGAAAUCGGCAAACACAUUGGCCUGCCCUUGACACUACGAGCAGGUGAAAGGCACGCCGAUGGGUUCGCCGAUUUCAGGACUCAUAGCCGAGUCGGUCCUACAACGGCUGGAGUCGCUGAUAUUCCGACACCAGAGAUCGAAAUUCUUGGUUCGGUAUGUAAAUUAUGCCUUCCUCGUCAUCAAAAGGGAUCAGGUGCUAACACUGAAAGAACAUAUCAACGUCGUCUUCCCAGACAUUCAGUUUACUAUGCAUGAGGAGAAAGACAACCAGCUGGCCUUUCUGGAUGUCCUUGUCUGCCGCAAAAAUUGUGGUGGCCUGAAAACCGAAAUGUUCAGGAAAGCGACAAAUACGACGGAAAUUCUGAACUUCAACAGCAGCCACCCAAUCAGUCACAAACGCAGUUGCGUAAGGGCGCUAUGCCAACGCGUUGAGACACACUGCAGUGAAAUGGAAGACAGGAUUGCUUAAUUAAAAUAUCGUCGACGGGUCAUGAGUGCCAAUGGUUACCCGCGCAACUUUGUCAACCAGUGCAUACGAAAAGGACACCAGAGACCAAAUCCAACCGGUCCCAAAUUUUAGCGGGCACUCCCAUACACGAAGAGAGUCCCGGAUGCAGUCAGUCGUUUUCUCACUCCACUUGGAGUUGGGGUUGCACAUAGGCCGGAAGCAGCUAUCAGGCUGAGAGACACACUGCCACGGCAGGAAACGUCUGGAGUCGUUUACCGGAUCUGCUGUAGUUGCGGACAAAGCAACUAUGGCGGGGAAACUGGGAGAUUACUCCGUACGCGAAUUGUCGAGCACGCAGCAGCAGUGAGGUGGGGAGACGGUAGCUCUCAGGUGGUGGCUCAUUCGACGGGACUCGGCCAUAUUUUCAAGCUUCAAGAGACCGAAAUCCUCGUGGGGCGUGACAACCGCGUGAGCGACGAGCUGCUCGAGUCAUGGUCCUCAGACCCGCAGUCCAACUUUCGAUAUCACAGAAUGUAGACAAACUAUGAUCCUGAAUAUUCGUGGUCCCGAUUAAUGAAAGUUUAAGUACUUAUUCGACAGUAGACUUUAUUGUCGACCAUAUGACAUAGCUGGUCAUAUAUCCAACAGUUCGCAAAUAGUUUCUUUUGGGUAGACCAACGCAAAGGCACAAGAGUCAGUUCUAAAACAGUCCGCGGAUACGGGCGAAGAGUGGGAUCAAACGGAGCGGGUGAAGAGAAGGUUAGUCAUCUUCUGGAUCAACAAAUGUACCUGCCCCACAUAGGACAAAUGCUUAAACCAAUCUUCUAAAACCUCAACAGUUUCUGUUAGUGGACAGGUAAGAACUGCAAGACAAUGUUGGAUGUCACUGUCGCGCACUGAUUUAACUAUCAACAUGAGCAGUAACUAUGAUCACCUCAGGCUAUUAUGCCUGAUGAGAUAAUUGAUAGAUCACUUGCUAACGAACCAUUUAAUUUUCUAACAUAACUGAUUAUUAGCGUGAUAACGACCAAGACAUUUUAUACAUACAUCCUCUUGAAGGAAGCAUACUUCCCCCGCCCACCCCAUACAUGUUUUCUCCAUCUGCGUAGGCUAUAGAUGAAGAAGAAGCUUAUUGUAAUUGUUGACGGACUGACUCGAUCGACUUGCUGUUAACGUGGUUGUCAUCGAUCCUAAAAACACUAGGCCUCUUCGAACUUGAUACCAUAACGCAACACCAGCAUUGUUGUUCCUACUUCGUCAUGGAUGCUACCCAGAUCUCCAACGUAGAAACACAAGUACUGCCCUGGCUGUAGUCCUAGAUGUCCGCGGACACUAGUACUAAAUCUUUGAGUUCAUAAAUGCGGCUGCUUGUAUUUCGUUUAACCUGACGCGUCAAAUAACGGUCAUAUCAUAGGCGAAAUGCUAAAGCACCAGCGGGCGAGAUAUUAGCGGUAGACAAUGUCAUAUACAUAUGAAAAGCUGGCAUACAGUACGUGAGUUACCUCAGGAAAUCUGAUAACGGGAAAUGAUGACAAAAUUUUUGGACGAAAUUAACGUUCAAAAUUUUGUUCGCUCGACCAAAUACUUCAAAUAAAUGUAAUUAACUUCUGCAAAAAUUGUUUAAACGUAAUUACAUUCAGUAAAAUAUCAGUACACUAUAACGAAAAUGGACGUUGGAAAAUAUUCAAGCAAGUUCCUAUGUUAAUAAAUUACCUAGACAGUUCACGAUGGAAGAGGAAGUAGAGGACAAACUUCCAUUCUUGGAUGUUCUCGUCUACCGCCAACCAAAUGGCGAACUAGCGACGUCGGUGUGCAGAAAACCGACGAACACGCUGCAAAUUCUCCACUACAACAGCAACCACCCGCCACAACACAAACGAAGCUGUGUCCGCACGCUGUACCGACGGGUGGAAACUCAUUGCAGCACGCCAGCCGUCAAACUAGAUGAGAUAAAGCUCCUCCGAGAACUUUUCAGAGCCAAUGGCUAUCCGCGGGCAUUCAUUGAACGAAGCCGGAGGCAGCCAAAGAAACGGAACGAGGAGCAAAGUCAGCCAAACUCAUGGCGGAGCAUUCCGUACAUUAAAGGGGUCUCCGAAGUCGUGGCUCGAUCACUCGCGCCACUCGGAAUAGGUGUUGCCCACAGGCCUGACUCAACAAUCCGCCGGCAAGUGAUGCGGCCGAAAGAUCCGAUCCCUAAGCAGGAGAUGUCGGCCGUUGUCUACCGACUUCAACGCAGAUGCGGAAGUUGCAACUAUGUUGGGGAAACCGGCCGACGGCUGCAAACGCGAAUGCACGAGCAUAAGUUGGCCGUGCGAAGGUUGGACCCAAAGUCGGAGGUAGCAACCCAUGCCGCGCAAAUGGGACACAUCUUCAACUUUGACGCCGUUGAGAUUGUGGGCCAGGGCUGCGAUCACACAGCAAGGCAAGUACAAGAAGCCUGGAUGUCCACCGACCGCUCUGUCAACCGCCACAUCAAUUUGCCUCCCCCUUACCUGACUUUACGAACCUUCUUAGCCGGGGACAGUCACAGCGCGGGACAAUCGGGGCCGUCAGUCAACACCGCAGCCGACGGGGGCGAUACAGGUCACGGUGACAUGCGGGUUGGAUGCAGCCACACAGGCGGCAUUGGCGGAUCACGCAUUGGACAAAGGGCGCCAUAAUAAGGAGUGCUGUGCACAGGACCUCCCAGUCCCUGAAGAUGGGUAGACGAAUAAACUACCCUUAACGUCGGAUCUCAAAUGAACCCCUCCCGGUGAACGCCCCCUCUUUUUUUGACAUUUCCUAUAUGUUUUUAAUUCUUUCAACCUUUUUUUAAUUAACAUAUACUUUAGACUCAUGAAAUGUUGUCGUUUGGCGAGUGGUUGGCAAUUAUUUGUAAAUUUCGACACAUUUUAUUAAUUCGAUCACUAAUUGUAGGUUAUGAAGAUAACCGUCAUUUCCAAAAUGAUUAUAAGGUAUGUGUUGUGUAAGCGAAAUCUGUAGCCGUAAAUGCGUACGAAUUAAAUGAAACAGUAAAAUCGGAAUAACGCUCAAAAAUAUUUCGGCAGUGAAAUUUUUGUUAAAGUAUCCUAAAAGCGUAGUUUAACGUCAACGAUGGCGGUUAGCCAACGACUUAGAUUGUGGGCAUAGAUUCCAAUACCGCCUCACGUUGGAUGUAUUUUAGUCCGUUUCUAAAUCAUUUUAUGUUCGUUGAUAAGGACAUAGAGGAGUAAGUAUUAGUAGAACGAUAGAUACGCCACGAAAACAGGUUUCAUAAGGCCGCGUGUUGAAAAGCCAUUUGGCAGCAAACAAAUUUGGAUUUCAUACGCUUGUGCAAUAUUAAGCUAGCAGUUUUGUUCCGUAAACAUCCUCUGUAUAACUCCGUGACAGGUGAUAUUUUUGCCUUUGAGAAUAUCCAUUAAAAGCCGUUGAAUAAUUUGCAGUUCUCAGUGUCUCACUUGACUUCCCAUAAGUAUACGUUCCACUUGUACUUUUAUCAUAAAUGAUGAUAACUCUUGAAGGCAUUAUUUAAGCAAUUAGCUCUUUGUGCAAUUGGUUAUUUGGACCAAUGCUGUGAGCUGAUCCAUAUAUGAAAAUCCACCGUCGGAAAUAGUCAUAUGUUCCGCAUCAGGUGGAAAACCUUCGUUGACGAAAUGCGUUUUAAUUUAGGCAUUCCGGAUUUCCCGAUGUCGUCGGUGAACGGAUUUUUAGCCAGUGCGUGUACUGUCAGUAUGACAAAUAAUUAUGUAGUUGUAUACUACUGGCUGUCUGUCGGUAGCUCGUGAUUAUUACGCGGUUAUUCAUCUGCGUCUUCUAAUGUUUUGUUUAAGUCUCAUUUAUAGUGGUGUAACCUAUUAGUUAACGUCACGAGCAGACUACAUUUGGUCAGUUUCACUGUCCUUGAGGGUAUGAAAUGUUCCCCGGUUGCUUAUCCUCGAUAUUAUUAUUGCUAUAAACAAAAUAACUCCUUUUUACUUGAUAUUCCGCCAACUUUUUCUCCAUUCGCUCGCUAUUUGGCAUCCGCUCUAUGAUUACAGAUGUAUAGCAGAGUGGCCAUACAAAUAAUAGCAUAUUUCACAAAGUGCAAUUACUUUGACCGUUCCAUUCCCAAAAUAUUGUGUUAGCAGCGACAAGGUCGCAUUUACGCAUUUGGCGGAUUUUAAAAUGUUACAAUGACCACUUGAUGAUGCGUAGAUUUCCACUAACACUAGUAAACGGUUUGUACAUAAAAAUUAUUUAAAUAGCAUUCCACGUGGAAAGGACGAUUUUGGAGAAAUUUAAAAACAAUGCAUACUAUGCACAACUGCUUCCGUACACUGCAAUGAUGAUCUAGAUUCCUGUUAUCACGCCUCAGGUUUGGCUACUUGUUCUACUUUUGGCAUUCCAGAUUUCUCGCUGUCGCCAGUGCGUGUGCUGCCAGGAUGGUAAAUAAUUACGUAGUUGUAUACUACUGGUUACCUGUCGGUAGCUUGUGAAUAUUACGCGGUUAUUCAUCAGUUGCUGGUUAAUUUCAGCUCAGAUAUUCAUACCAGAUUUCAGACCGAGCCUGAAAAGGUCUGUUACGGAGGAUUUAACUGCAGCUUCGCACAUCAAUUUCCCCGGAAACUGAACAGGGCGAGAGUAUAUGCGGUUUGUUCAGCAAAGUCGUUUAAUCCUACCGAUAGAAUUAGCAUUAGUGGUGUAACUUAUUAGUUAACGUCACGAACAGACUGCAUUUGGUCAGUUUCACUGUCAGUGAGGAUAUAACACUGAUUCCCGGUUAUAAAGUUAAUGGUUGUAUGUUCCUUACUAAUUCAGUCGCAUAGGAUCAGUGCCAGGUGAAAAGAUGGACGACAUUUCUAGCAUAUCACCAUGCGCGCAAUAUAAAAUACAUAUCAGAGCUCUACCUUUAACUCAGUCAGUCUGUUGAAGUUUAGAGCGGACAUUCAAGGCGUAAGUCACCAGUUUCGAACAAGGCAACUACGUCAGAAAGAUCGUAAAACUGUUCCGAACGCGAAUGGCCGAACACACGACAGCAGCACGGAGAAAUGGCACCAACUAUAAAGUUGCUGCUCAUUCGACGAGAUUUGAUGCACGCUCAUAUUCGACGGGGCUGAAAGUCUCGCUAGAGAUGACACGGGCGAAGCCUGUUCUCGACGCCAGGGUGGGCGUGUCAGAUAGAAGAGCAAUCAUCACACCAACACCCUACAUCCGUAAUGAAAUUGCAAUGAUUAAGCAGUCGCGUGUCAGCCAUCGGACAAUCAUGACAUCGCGUGCAACUUAUAUUUGAGACUAAUUCUUGAAGGACACGGAGACCAGACUGUGGAUUUGCGGGGACAAAGUGGGAAAACCAAAUGGUCUACCUCAACACGCGGCCACUAUUUUGUAAUUAUAAUCUGUAUGCUAUCACCAAAAGAUGGUACAUUGGUUUGCCCUUUACCGGCCAGCGCAUAUGCCAAAUGCACUUCAAUGGUCAAUUGGAAAAGAUGAGGAAAGUUAAGCUUGUUGGCAGGUGUGCGUCAGCCUUUGGUCUUUCAUUUGACACUGCUGGGCGUGGCGAUCGUCAUACCAGCAUCCAACACGGCUGAGGAAAUCACGACAAUCUACGACUCGGACGCGGACUGACAAGACGCAAUCGCAUCAAAUACGACCCAAGCAGUAAUUGCGAGGGCUGUUAACUACAGUGCGCAUAAGGUCCAUCGGCAGCCUCAUGCUAUAAAUACUGCACUCCUUGUGCCACCAUUACCUUUAACUGCGACUGUCUUCGAUGAUGGGUCGGAGUGAGAAUCCGAAAAGUCAGGCCACUAAUUUUUUUUGUUCCAGAGAUCGCAUCUCCGUCUUCCGGAGUUGUAAUUCUCGCUAGAGGUGACAAUCAUCAUGACAAAUCAUCACACCUUCACACAACAUCCGUGAUGAAAUUGCAACGCUUAACCACUGUCUUGUCAGCCAUUGAACAAUCAUCACAUCGCGUACAACAGUCCCUGAUGAAGCGGGAGUCGUGAAUUGUCAUAGCUAUGUGGUGGCAUGGCGACUGCAUCCUGUAAAAACUGCAGGUCGUUUUGCAUGAGCUACCCGUAUCUGCUACUUUAUCUGAUUGUGGGUUUGAGCAGUUAUCGGAAAGGUUAGGCGAGCAAAGUUCUUGUUUCAGCGAUCGUGUUUUCUCCUUCGCGAAAGAGAAGACCACUCCAUUCCUGACAACCAGAUCCAUGGAAUAUUUCAAGAACAUAGACAUAUAUUAAGGGAAAUGAAUGCCUGUAAUAUGUUACGAAAUUGAUUUGAUUGUCUAAACUCCUUUAUGUGGUUGGAUAUAUUUGUUAACAUGUCGCCACUGGCAUUGAAUUCGCUAUAUGAUCUCGCUGAUCGUGCUCCAGUGUUUCUGUUAACGACAGACAGGCAGAUAUUAGUGCACGAAAUUGUCUACAAGAACAAAUUCAAAACAGAACCCAUUGUUCCGUUGUUCCAUAAAGUCAACCACGGUGGCCAAAGCAAGUUGAUCGAAUACAUGCUGUCAGAAGCGUUUGCAUACACUCUUGAGGGCGACUUUCGCGGAAACGUAGAGUCCAUCAGCCGAUUGCCAUGUUUCGGACGGCGAACUUACUAGAAUAGCCUCAAAGGUCAUACUGAUGUAGAGAUGAGCGGCGUUCAGGCCGGUAUUUCUUUAACUUCGAUUGGAGACGUCCAACUAUGACAACUUCCGUCAUAGAUGAAGACAGUAAGAGAAACAGCGACAGUUAUAGGGGGAAUUAGGUUAUCAACGAUCAGUGGCGCGGGUCUGAAUGUGACUACGCGCGACUCUGUAGGUCAGCCUGAUGUAUUGAUUGAUUGAUCUCAUCGAAAGCUUAGGUUUCACUUGAUUCUUUGUUCGCCUUGCUUCGGGCGUUUCUAGCUGGGUUCCCCGACGGCGAACACAUACGCAACGGCUUAAAGACGUCUUCGGAUAGCCAAUCCGUCUGCAUUUGUCGCGAUGUUAAACUUCAUGUAUCUCUACUUUGGCGUUGCUGCAUUGAGUGUGCAGGAGUUUUAAAUGUCCUCACAAAGAAUCACUUCUGAGCAACUCGAUAAUUGUUGUCAAAACUGAAAAAGUGGUCGUUCUCUUUGCUCCUCUGAAGAGAACUGCAUUUGAUUCGCUAUUAAGACUUUGUCUAACAACCGCAUCAUGAACAGACAGUUGGUGCUGCUGUUGGUUUUUUGUGCCUCGUGAAAUGCAUGUGGGAAGAUUGCAUUAAAAAUGUUAUAGGAAUUCUACAGCAAGUUCUUUCUGGCGAUGCUAUACGUGUCGUCAUAUAACAGUGCAAAAUAUCGGCAUUUGAAGGCAGCUAUCUUCCUUUCUCCAACAUACGCAUGCAGGUAGAAUACUUGCCUAUCUUAUUUGACAGUUGUUUGACUCAGUUGAAUAAGUUUCUCUAUGCAAAAUUAGUUGACUCUCUAUGUGCUAGUAAAACCGCUAUAUCCUUCAACGAUCACCAAUAUCAUGUAUGCCUCUCACAUUAUUUCUGACCUCAAAACGUCGACGCCGAAUACAGACUAGUUUGGUCAGGACCUUAAAUGCAGUGUGAUAGUAAGUUAAUUUCCAAAACCCCUUUUUUAAAUAAGCUAUUAGCCGGAUCAGGUUGAAAUAAUGCGGUGUGAGUGGUCUACGUGAGCAAUAUGCAAGUGUUAUGACUGCGGGGCGCACUUUAUGAAAAAGUCUGCAGACCAUUUUGUUUUUCUGAAUGGCCAGUAUCGACUGCCCACAUCGAACCGUACACUGACCGAUUUCGUGUGCUUUACAGGCAACGCCCAUAUCAAAUUUCCUUCAAAACCUAGUUUUUAUAUGAACGUGAACCCGUUUAACUCCCCCUUCCCGCUUCUUGCACGAACAUGUUCAGAAGAACCAUUUUUGCUUAAAUAAGAUCAGACAAACAAUACGAUGGUGUUAACAUCGCCGAGGAUAUCGUUUAACACAUUUUUACUAACAAUCUGAAAUGGGUGCUUUCGCAUUGCAACUGAGUGUGUAAAAUUUCAAAGAAACGAAAUCAAAAUUGUACUGCCAUAAUGUUCUGUUUAAAUCAAAAACUCGUCAUGUCUGUAGGGUUCUUGUCAGCGCUAAUGUAUCACAUCUAAUUUUGCAUAUUACACCAAAUGGCCUAUCUCGAUACUCCGCCACUCUUUUGCGAAUAAACUCUGGGUGCUAUCAUUAAAAGAUAAUGCAUAAGUUUUCCCUUUAAUGCCCAGCGGAUAUCAUGCAUAAUGUGGUUUAAUGGCCAAUUGGAAAAGAUGAGGUAAUUUAAGAUUUUGACAGGUGUGCGUCUGAUUUUAGUCUUUUAUGUGACACUUGUGUGUGGAGGUAUUUUGAUCAGUCAUUAGACUGUUAAAUGGGAAACAGGUUUUCGCUCUGUGUUUCCGAUGUUGCCAAUCGGUUUGCAUAUAUGUAUCAAUGCAACAGAAAACCCACAAAGAUAUAGAGACGAUCGAUAAUUUUUUUGCGAUAACAGGCACGUCGGCUGUUGGAUAGACCGAUCCGUUACUCCGGACUGGGAGUGAUCAGGCGUGGGGCGGACGUGAAUAUGACAGAUGUCAAUUUAAAAAUCUCUUGACAUUUAACGGCUCCCAACCGCAACUUCUUGUUCCACGAGGUUGACAGUCUUGUCAAAGUCAACAACCUCCUCCCUAUCUGCUGGUCUCCUGAUUACACUUAACACACAGAAUGGGUGGAAGCAGUGUGUUUAGUCAAACGGGGCUUUGUCAGCUGAGCAAUGUCGUGGCGAAAGUCAACGCUUGGGCUACCAUUUUGUCCAUCAUCUCCUCGGCUGCGGCCCGUCCGGCCAAUGUUUUCCUAAAUACCAUCACUAGUUGUAAGUGUGCAUCUGCAUCUGAUAAAAUGCUGCAAGCAUUAUUCGCCCAAUUAUCUGCCCUGUUCUGUAGAAAUGGCCUAUUUUCAAGAAAGCUAAAUACUCCAAUGCCCGUAAACAAUGUCAAGUGAGGGAUACGCAUACAGUUGGGUUGAAAGACAAGCGAUUCCUCUUUCUCUCUGUCCAAUUUCCUGACACAUAAGCAACGUUUACAGCAGUCUUCCACUGCUUUAUUUGAACUCUCGAGUUGGUGUGUGUAGAACUAAAACAUUGUAUGAAAACUGUAUUUGUCAUUUUAUCCAGAUUUUCAUGGACGACGCGGUUAACAACUUUCCCAGGACUGUCCCUGAAGGACCUGUAAAGUGUGUCCUAAUAGGCUCUUGUCAUCCGGAACCCGUAUCGCCGAAUUUGAAGAGACCACCGUUGGGGUCUUCGAGGAUGGCAAUGCACAUCCGUCAACUGUGUGAUCAAAUCGCUCUGCAAACGACAUGAUCUUAAAAGGAAGACUCCGUGUGCGUUCAUUAGAUAAACUGGUCUCUGCAAGGCGGAUGAACACACGAUCUCUGGAACAGUAGGUGUAUUAGUCUUAGCUUUCGGUCUCGUACAGGAUGCCGUCGUCAGAGACUGUGAGAAUGCGGUGUAAAAUGAGCAGUGUUUGUAGUCAAGGCAUGAAGAGGGUGAUAGGAGUGCAGGCUGUGGUAUUCACGAUAGGCUGAGCCCCGUACUGUCUUGCGGCGACGACUGCGUGCACCCUUGGCUGGAAAUUGGGUCUCGCUUCUUGACAGCGGGACCGGAGCGCGUGAUAGCAGGUGGGUAUAUCGACGUGUCUGUUGAUGGAGUUUGUGUCAGACAGACAGGCUUCCAGCAGUUCUCGCCCUGCCUUAUUGCUGGCUCGCGCAACUAUCCGCGUGCUCGAAAAGUUGAAUUCGUGAUCUUCCUCCAUGGUGUGAGUUGCGACCUGAAACAGCGGCCCCCUCUUCGGACCGCCCGUUUAUGCUCCGUUAUUCGUGAGCUAGGCGGUCGUCCGGUCUCUCCUGCACAAUUUCGAUAGCAGUUCAGAAACGGGAUCUGACAAACUACACUCCAUUGUUCUCCCAAGUUUAGUUUGUCCUUCAUUUGCAUGAUUUUGUUGUGAAUCGUCGCUGUAGGACGGUGAGCGAUACCCACGCCGAGUUUUCCAACGAUAAGUUCCAUCGUUUCGGACACAUUCUUUAUAAUAUGGUAGAGGGAGCCAGCGUGUUGGUGGCUCUCCUCCGUUUGAGGAACAUGAAGUGCCCACCGGAACUCACCCGGAUCUCUUACUUUUGCUAACCUGAUCUCCUCCGUUUGUUCACCGUAGGUGCGUUCGAAGGCAGCGGCUGACGAAGCUGGUCGGGUAUCCAUGACUUGCCAGUUGGUCCCGAAGAUGCCGUAGUUCUCGUAGUCGUCCCUCUAGCUCACUGCAUUGCGUUUUUAUUCGUGUCCGACAAACGUUGCUGUACAGCAUUUUGUUUGUUCCAGCCAUCUUUCAGCAUGUGAUGUUUUCCAUUUCUCCACCACUCCUCAUCGUGAAAACAUAGAUAUAUUGGGCGUUCAUCAUCGGAGAGGUCAUUGAAUGUUAUACCAAAAUCCAGAUUAUUACCAUAGGAGUGGAUGACUUCGAAUUCCAUUCCUUCAAAAUGGGCUUGAGAGGAGUUCAACGCUUCGGUGAAAUUCGAUCUUUAAAAUAUCGACCUCUGCGGUGAGUCCCCCGAGACGCAGUUCCUCACUGUUCCCACAUGUUGCGCGUCGAAAGCCACCUGACGGGCGUAAAGUACUACGGUAUUACAUACUACUCACGGUGACCCCGCUAAUCGGCACCCAAAAUCGGGCACAGUACAGACGACGCAAUACAUGUGAAACAGGUAUUUAUUGUAGUAACAAUACGUAUUUAAGUGAGCAACCUAAAAGUAGGUAAGUAGUCACUAAAAUGACAUAAAUUUCGGUGUCAGUAUGUACAUGAACUGUAACGUAUGUUAUGCCAUGGAAAGGACGCAACAUAUUAAACAACUUCGUCGUAUUAUCCGUUAUGUUUCUUGAGCUAACACUUUCAAAAUUAAACGAAUAUGUCGUUUAGCUUUUUGGUAAAAUUAUCAUCGAAGUUUACGCGUUUUCUCGUGUGGUUAACUCUACUGGUUCUCAAAAUUCCAACUUUUUCAACAUGUUUCCGUUAAGCUAAUGAGCUUCGAUCAAACGCCUUUUUACAGUGUAGUAACUGAGUAAUCUGUGUGAAACCGGUCAAAUGAUUUAGAAUCUACGAAGCGGCACGUCAGCAGAGUUAAUCGAGGCCCAAAUAUUACAUUUGGAAGCAGCUAGUAGUUGUAAUGCGACACGGAUCGUCACGACGUCCGAUGAAACGAUUUACUGGGACUGCCAUCCAGUGCAUCUGACCAAAGUGGCUUUACAGCAGAGACGCUGAAGGCGGAUGAUGCAAUGAUGCGAUUAGUCCAUGUGAUGUGUUCUGCCCUGUUAGCUUUUACCAAUCACAUGUGUCGGAUCCUCAAUCAACAUCAAAUGCGCUGAAAGACUUCUUCAUGUUAAACGUUGACUUCUACCCAGCGAAGAACGAAAUCUGCCCAGUUGUCAUAUACAUAGACUGACAUUGCAUCGCAACGUAACGAGGUCAACUAAUGCGUGUUUGAAAGUAGCUCUACAGUAGUGGUAAUCUGCCCAUUUUUCCGCCGAAUAGUGAGAUGAUGAAAUGGAAAUUUGUCAUUUGAAGAACAUGAUCUCCCUGCCAUCAUGUAAAACAUACUAAAAUCUGUGCUUUGUUGAAUGAACAUCAGUAAAUAAGGCAGAAUGAUCUAGCAUGACGGUUGUCUAGAUCUCCCUGAUCCUCAGGGCCUGACUGAAUAUCUAAGUAGCGUCUGAAUAUCAGCAACUACUUGGCUAUAUGAUGUUUCACAAAACUGCAUUAUGUCAAAGCUUGUGAAUUGGUUAAAACAUGCAGGUCCAUGAAUUUUAAUAGGUACGUGGUAGCAUGACGACUGCAUCAUGUAAAUAGUGCUGCUAAUGUGACUGAGUAUAUUAUGAAGUUUGUCGAAUAUAAACGAGUGGGAUUCAAGCAUUACAAUUGUGCGAUUGAUUCGAAUAAACCUUUUUCACAAGUUCCGCUUAUUUUCUGAAAAAUGCACAAUACGGUAAUUAGUGUGUACGCGUAGUUCCGUCUUGUCUAGAGAAUAAAAUAGGCAGCGAUUUAGGAGAGUCGAUAAGGAUCAAACCAUCUGGAUAUCCAAAGCGUGACUCGUGGCGUUCACUACAAUAAUACCGUCGCCACUCCAUACAAUUAGUGCUUCAUGUGGGAAAAAUACAUGAUUAAUCCUAAAACAAACUUGAUAAACACAUAUAUAUAAAGUUAUUUAAGUGUAAUUGCAACACACAGAACGAUGAUCACUCUGCAAGGGCCUUGUAACCAUGGGAAUGUUUCAUCAACAAAUACAUAAAUAUCAAUUCCUUAAAGAAAAAUGUCACGAUAUAAUUAGAGACUAUGGGUAGUUUCGGAUGCACUAAUACUAGCGAUGAAAAGAAAUAUGUCAAACAUUUAAGUAUAGUAGUAUUAUUAUCUGAGACUUCGUAGACCCUUUCAUAUGAAUUUUUGUAAUUCUGGGGCCUUCAAAUUCAGAAAAGGUGCUCCUUGGCUUUCAGAAUUGAGGAAAAUGCGCCACAUCCACCUGUGCCUGCUGGCACUUACUUCCUUUCGUCCACAGUCUACAAGCACAUUCAAAACCUAACUUUGAUUAGCAGACAAAACAAACCAACGCCUACUUCUUGGGGAAAAAAACAAAUGAUCGCAUUCGUAUAUAAAGUGGGAUUUUUCACUGCGACAUAUCGUCUAGUCCCAAUGGCCUUGCAGUACUUGACUGUGGUGUUGAGCAUUGUACUUUUUAACGUGGGUAGGCUACCAUUAUAUUAACAUCGUACGAGCUAUUCCUUGCUGUCACUUUCAUCUUUUGCGCUUCAAUCCGUGCUAUGUUCUUGCAAUGCAAAGACAUUCUGUCAUGGAAAUUACCUCAACAAUAUUAAUGCUUUUGUGAAGUACAGUUUUAAGAACUUAGAGCUGAGGACAUCUUUGUGUCUCCGCUACAAUACUAUUUUCAUGAGCAAAAUUGUGAAUUUCCCUCAAACAGCUACCUUUUCUUUCCUCAGUCAGUUUUUAUCCAAGUCCACGUCCAUUUGCAUAUUUUAUUUAAUAAUUGCAACCUAGGAUGCCGACGUUCGCUCAGAUUCUGACUCCGAGUUGGCUAUACAUUUGUUUAGUCAUCUACAGAUUUAGCAAUUCCAGAAGGGUUUAUCUUGGUUAUCUGAUGUGAAGGCAAAAUCAAUAACCAAAGUAUAACAUUAUGAUUGUUUUUCGAGAAAAUAUACUGACAAAUCUUAGAAAGCAGCAAAUCGUAAUAGUUUAUAAGGUAGACUGUCAAGUAAAGAGUUUCAAAAACGACUGCGUAACGCCCAAACAAACUCAUCCGGUUAGAAUUAGGAAAUAACAGUGUGAUUGAAUGCUUAGGUAUGUCAGUGCCUUUAACAUAUAUUUGCAUGGAAGAAAUUCUACCUUCACCUACCAGGCAAACCCCUUGUUUAGAUGCUUUGCUGAAAUAAGUUGGACGGUCAUAUGAGAUGACACGUUCUUGUCUAAUUAAUCAGAGAUAUUUUUCAUUCUACAUUAUUUUGCAAAAUCUUAGUAUUUGUCAUAUUGAGGCCGACAAAUACAGCCAUACCCAUAGGCCGAAGAAUAACCAUUGUAUAUACGCUAAAAGACAUUUUACACAAAGUAUGUACCCUCAUAUCUAUGACUUCUACAUAAGUAGCCAUAUGCAGGUACUCCUGAUUAUAAACCCAUUGCCUUAUUCGUUAAUUUUGCGUGGACUGUGGGUGUUUCCUAUUACCAGUAAAUUCAGGCUCAUCUCUGAAUUCUUAAUUGCUCUUCUUUCAACAUUUUAAAGGUUCUUCUCAACAGCAGGCAGCCAUCAGCAUCUGCGAAGAAGAGUACUCGGGUUGCGUAGGCUUCUACAAUAAGCAAGAUAACUUUUCAUCGCUUCAUCAAUGCUUGAAGGCCUGCGAUUUCAAAAACGGUAGACUUGUUUUUCGUAAACCUUUUUAGACCUUUGUUUGUUGAAAAAAGCUAAGAAGUAUUUUCCGUUAUUUAGUGCCUGGGGCACAGUCGCUUAAAGCGUACUCCUGCAUCGAUCAGUCUAAGCCAUGUUCCCCGAUGACAUUUUAUCAAAUCCACUCAUCUACCGAUGCCUUCUUCGAAUGGACCAAAUGCCUGGAAGUAUGUCACCUACUCACCGACGGUAAGUUUAAUUCGCAUUAUAAAUCAGCGCCAGAGCUCAGUAUAAUAAUACGUCUAUGCUAUAACCUACUUCAACAUUAGCAGUGGGAGGUGUUUGACUUCAUCAGCUAUAACACUCAGUUUAUUUGCAAAGAAACGCUAUCUUACAACAUAAUGCCCAGAAAUGACUUUUUUAGUCGCUGCAGUAUUAACUCGGAGGCUCCUGUGCAACUCUAUGCCUAUGCUUUUAGAUAUGCGUAAAUUAUUUUAACCUUUCCGCCCUAGACGAUGGAAAAGUAACGGCUUCGGGGGAUAUCUGCAUGCAGGAGGACAACAAUUGCUUCAGUUUUGCAAACAGCGGAGGGACCGUUGACAAAUUCAUGAAAUGUUAUGUGGACUGCCAAGUAACUAGAAAAGGUGAAGUAUUCAGUCAGCCAUUAGCUGAAUGAAUAUUGCUUCUUCAGGCUUAAUGAUAACACAUUUUGUUUCAUUCAGAAACCCAGACAUAUAUGAAUUACAUAGACGUGUGCACACCCGACCAUGAGGAAUGCAUUGAUUCCAUAUUCUAUGCUCAACCGGGAGAAAAGGAACCGAAGCAGGUACUAACGAAGUGCUACCAGAACUGUGAAAGUGAUAAAGGUAGGGUUGAAAUAAAGUUUAUCUGUCUAUAGUAUGAUGAGUAGUUUCGAAAAUGUGCUUUAUUUUGAAUCUCAUCAUUCAAUAUUAUUCGAGCAGAUUUUGAAUAUUCACAAGAACUGACGUGCGUUUAAGCAAACCUGUGCACGAGUAGUAUCCUUAAAACAUGGAAUAAAUGAAAAAUACCUCACAUAUUAUGAUCCAGAAAUGGCAGGGUCAAAUCAUCGAAUAUUGUAGAGAAAACGAAAAAGGCGUUAAAGUCCUAAAAUGUCAUGGAAUUUAGUAUUUGAUGGAUAUACGGCCACAAAAAUAAGACUGAUUUUAGGCCAAAACAAAUAAAGCACCUGUAUGAGGUGAUAGAUUAAAUAGAUUAAACCCGAAAAAAAUCUUCGGACAACUGGCUAUUUAGAAAAUUUUUAUUAUUUGGGCUGUGGGCAGGAAGGAAUAAACCACAAAAAGUUACGACAUGCGCGCUAAGACAAAAGGCAAAAUCGCUAAAACGCUGGGAAAUUUCCGAAGAGAUAUGAGUGUACACAGAAAAUCAAUGAUAAUUAAAAAGAAAACAAGAAACGACUGCAGAAAAAUGACGCAUAUGCGAAAAUGUGAGGAUAUUCGAGAUUUGUCAUAGGAUACAUUGAAAAACUUAUCAAACCCCACCGAAUAUAGUGAUAGAAAUAAAAUCAAACAGGAAGCAGAGCAGAAUCGCGGGAUUAUCAGGUAAUUGUCGGUGUUACGGCUUUUAGGAAUGGCAGCCAGCAGGCUUGCAUUUCUAACGGAUGCGGCGCCUGCAGGGGCCGAAGUAAGAAAAUGCGUUCGCGUCCAAUAGCAAUGUAUGCAUACAUAAAUACAUGCAUACAUAAAAAUUCUCUGCCGGCGAAUAGGCAUGAGGAUAUCCGUGCAGAAAUCGGCAUUGGCCAAUGUAAACUUAUCUCGCAACAGGCCGCCUGGUGAUGCGCGGCGGCGGUGGUGGCGGCAGAUAGAUUUGAUUUCGCGUGACAUAUAUCAUUCGGGAAAUCUUUAUCUUUGUCCAUUAGAACGUCAUCAUGAAAUUACCCCAGUGGCAAAGUACCUCAAGGUGGUUACUCCUCCGAUUUACAUAGCAGCCUAUUACAUCCUGCCAGCGAAGUCAUGACAUCGGCUGGUUGAAUGACCCUUAGGUGCCCUAGAACUGAAGCAUUCUUUGCAGCCAUGAUGCCAUAGCACUGAUGACAUGCAAAGCGCGAUGGUAUUUGUACAUGGCGAGACGGCGUAUUCAUGACUGGUGCAAAGAAAUCAGUCUGCAUGCUCCUGCUUCGCUGAACAUAUCCCCUUGGGACACAAAACGAACCAGCAGGCAAGUGGUUGAUUAAUUAUGGAUGAGGCGGCUGACGUGUCAGGAGAAGACCGCAGAUGACUAUCCAUGCCUACUCUAAUGCGGGUAUGAAGUCCGCAAAUGUCAUUCGGCAUUUGUACUAAUGCUGCAUGUCAUCGGCAUGACAUGCCUGCAGAACAUGAAGCAUCUUCUCAUGUUCAGAUGUGCGCUGUGACUGUGCGUGCCUUAGUGCCUCCAUCAGACAUGAGAGAAGUACUGCUUGUGCAGAGAUACACAUAGGUGGGCAGACUUAAGCAGAGGACACAGAAACAGCCAGAUAUCCUGCCUUUUAGGAGGCAUUUGACUGCUACAGCAUCCACCUCCUAAUCCUCCUACUCAUCAUCAUUAGGAAUGGAGUGCGGUAAGAAGACGGAGGGGAGUUAACGAGCAGAGAUAUGCUGCAAAUAGAAGGGUAGAGGCGUUGAUGUGUCUUUCUCGAAUCUAGUCCGCAGCGAGACUGAGGUGCACGUGUUGCUGAUGAGAAUGCAGUCAGAGAUGUGGCAGCUCACAAUGAAUGUACCGCAGGUAAGGUAUCCGUGUUAAGGCUUUUAGGAAUGGCAGCCAGCAGGCUUGCCUUUCUAGCUGAUACGGUGCCUGCAGGGGCUGAAGUAGGCAAGUGCACUCGCGUCGAAAAGCAAUGCAUACUUACUUCCAUACUUAGCCUGUGCCAGCGAAUAGGCUGAUGAAUGUAUUCUGCGUGAGGAUGUCUGUGCAGAAAUCGGCAAUGGUCAGGCCAGUGUAAACUUAUUUCCCAACAGGUCGUCUGAUGCCGCGGCGGCGGUGGCGGCCGAUAGACUUGAUUUCACGUGGCAUACUUCAUUCAGGAAUUUUUUGCCUUUGUUCACUCAAACCUUAUCAGCUCUUCAUUUGAAACCACGCCUAUAGCACCAGCUCCCGAACCAGAAACAGGCGAUUUCAAAUGCGACGAAGAGUACAAUAUCUGUGUACCCUGCACUGACGAGGAUAGCGAUUGUGCGGACCUAUCAACUUGUGAGGAGACAUGCGGCAACGGAGGUAAGUUCUCCCCCUCCAUGUGAAAUAUAUGCUACACUUGCUCCCUUCACGUAGCCGAAUAGCAAGUUUUAAUAUUAGUUUUUCUUUUUUUCCCGUUUUUCUGUCUGGCCCUUUUCCUCUUGUUUUUCAUUUUUGCUUUUGAAUUCUUGUUUCUAUUUUUCGUUUGUUUUUUUUUCACCUAUUUCUUUGCAUUACUCGACUUUUUCGUUUUCAAUUUUUCAGCUUUUUCAGCCCUUAAUAUAUUUUUCUUUUUUGUGUUUUCUUACUUCUCAUCUUCCCAUACGCUCUACCACCCUCUUUUAAUUUAGGUUCUUACCCGCUUUUCUCUUUUACAUUUUUCCUUACUAUUAUGUUUUUCUUUCCGUCUUAGGCCUACUCGUAUUAGACUUCGUUGAUUCUGAUCUUCAUGUCAGACUCUCGGUGCUUUGUUUUAUAUUGUCGCAGCCUGUUGUCACUAUACAACUUGUUGAGUGGCAGUGAAAUGCUCAAAGUCGCGUAUUAAAGUUUAAGUGGUCAAAUUGAACAUCCAUGUUUACAGUGUCAUUUGAAAUGCCCAGGCGAGGCAUUUCGUUAGACGGUUCCGUCUGUCAUUUAAGUGCAUAUUUAUUUUACCAUGCAAUCCAAUUGUUGCCAUGGGCCGUUUGAAUGCGAUUGGCAACCAUAAGGGCGAAACAAUAUUUUAACCAAAUAGCGUUGAGCUUGUGACAGCUUUUAGGCAAUCCUUUCUUCCCAUUGACAUUGGAAGCUUCAUUUAUCGUUCGAUUAUUUUUUGGACUGGUGCCUCUUCCCCUUUUUCUUCUUCUUCUUCUUCAUUAUCAUCAUCUUCUUCUCGUGACUAUGUCUUCUAUGUUACUGCAUUUAACUUAUUCCUCGAUUUUCUCCCAUCCGUUCCUUUCCGAUUCUAACUACGUCACAUUUAUUCUUCCCCUCGUGCCAAUGUUUGAUCUUUCUAUAUCGCCAGUAUCAUGCUUCAAUGACUACAAAUUGUUAUUCUAUUCCUUGUAGCUUAAUCCGAACACAAUGACAAACGAUGAUGUCAGUGGUACGUGGGUGCUUAAAGCCAUGGUUUUGGGUGUUAUGUGUCGAAAAUUGUAUGUUUCCACGGGUCUUAACUGGUGGCUGCCUAAAUAAAACAGCAAGUCAAAAGAGGAGUGUUUGUAUUAUUCAUAAGAUCGGUUGGGUAAAUUGCAAACAGAGUCGAAGAAACCAAUCACUCUUUGGUUUAUCUGAGAAUUUGGCAGGUUGCUUUACUUAAAAUAACUACUGAUGUUUCUGAGCUAUGGACUAGGGCUGAGAUUCAAUUUAACGGUUCACUCGAGAUGCCCGCGUAUUCACAGGGGCUUUAAUGCAUGCGUCUCAAGCGAGUUGCCACCCGAUACAAAAACAGCUUAUGUGACUCAACCCAUGAAAAUACUCUCAAAUGACUAAUUUUGAGUCGGGAUAUUACGUUUAACCUAAGAUUAUUGAGAGAGGAAGGAAACACUAAGACGAUAAGCAUGCAUUUAUUGCAGAACCACUAACAGUAGGUUCGUAGCCUGUGUAGAUUUGUUGUUAAAACGAAGAGUGCGCUUGUUAAUUUUAGGAUGUCCCGUGCUAGUUACCUUGACGAACCCAAUCUUGGACGUUCUUGAGCGGCAUUAAAAAUAAAUCCUGCACGUCAAAGUGAUUAGUGAGCCAUCAACACCAAGUGAUAUAACAGGACGGAACAGGUGUCGGCUUAUGAUGUCUCCUUUAUGAGAGUGUUUGACAGAUUCUAUUUUCUCUUGCUAAACAGGGCGCCGCAGACUAGAUACAAGCGAAUUAAAUUCUGGGAGAAAUCAGCCGGCCAUUUGACACGCACGGGUUUAAAUAUCGAUAGUUUAAAGAUAACUGAUGAUUUAUCCGAUGAAUCACAUUGCUUAAUCGAUAAUCAGAGUGCUCUUCUCUGAAAUAUGAAGACCCUUGAGUUUUGAUAUACCGACGACCAUAAUAACACCUAACAAUUUCAUCUUGUGACCGUCAAAAAUCGAUGAAAAACGUCGAUCGUCGCCGACUACCAUAAAAAGGAUUUUUUAAAAAAUUACAAGGUGUCAUUUGUGGCACCAUUGCACAUUGCACCACUGCACCAUUGCUUGCUAAAAUCAACCACACGACCAUCCGUAAAAAGUCUUAAGCCAAAGUACUGCACAAGAACUCGAAGGGAAUUUCUUCAGCUGAUGGCUACUCUUACCACAGAACUGGCUACGAUGCUUCGUGAUGACGGCGGGUACCACUUUUUUCUAAAAGAAAACGUGACCAGCCAACUUUCUACGGAGAUCGUCUUUCACAACACGGCUACCCAAAAUCUUCUUUGUAAAACACUUUGUGCUCCACAAUCAUUUCCUUCUGAAUCACAGACAGUAAACAGCAACAUUUAUUAUUUAAAUCGUUUUGCAUUGUGAAGCGACCACAUUCUAAUUGUUUCCAUUUUGAAUCCAAGAGUUUUAUAUGUUACUCGCCAAAUUGCAAUUGCAUACAAUACAUGCAUGCUGUUCGGACGCAACUAAAUAAAAACGAACCUAACGGUCCCUAUACCUUCUACGCGCUUUUGCGGACCGGAAACUUUAUAAAAGAAUAAUCUUAAAACUAUAUUGCACUCAGAAAUCCACCAUAGUGUUGAAAACUGAGAUGACAAUAAGACAAUUUUUGCCAUUUCAUUCAAUGUGCUGUGGACAUGAGAUUUUGAUUCGUGGAUAUCAAGUAAGGUAGAGUUUUACGACGCAUAACUUUUCUGCGACUUUAACAUCCUCAUAAAACGGUCCCUAUACAUUCUACACGCCAUCGCCAACCGGAGAUUGGAUUCGAAGAAUAAUCGUAAAACUAUAGUGCACUCAGAAGUGCACCAUGUAUUUGAAUACUGAGAUGAUAAUUAGACAAUUUUUGCCAUUUCAUUCAAUGAGCGGUUGAUAUCAGAUUUUGAUUCGUGAGUAUCACAUUUAAAGACAGUUUUGCGACGCAUAACUCUUCUGGGACUCUAACAUCCUCAACAAAUUUUCUUGAGUGCGCUUCUUAUCAAAUCCUAUGAAAAUGUCUCCGUGGUGAAAGAUCUACUUCUAAAUAUUACUUGCCCUUAUUUCUAAUUAUUUUAGAUUGCGUGAGUGGGAACAUACUCUAUGCAUACGCUAUCUGCGAGAAAGGAAGCACAUUUUCCAUCGCAAUGUCUCAUAAGUGCAUUAGUAUAUGCCAAGUUUAAAAAUGAACCGAGUCAGGAGAACUUUCUAAUAAAUAAUAAUACCAGCUUACAGGCAGUGAAAAAAAGCUCCUGUCAAACGAAAUAAAAAUAUAGUUGAUGGUGGUUUUUAUAUAGUUUGUCGGGUUCAGGAGAAGAAAACGCUGCUGAUCACAAAACACCCACAUGUAAGAAGGGAGGGGUUGCACCGUAUCGGAUAUUAUCAUUCGCUAAUCGCUUUCAUGAAGUUGGUGCUAGUCCAAACAGAAGCGCCGAAGGAAGUUUGCCGCCGUUGACUAAGGAAGGUGUCUCUGGUGAGACACGCCAUAGAGAUCAGAGACCACAAACCUCAUCGCUACGGUAAAGUCGAUCAGUGGAUUCAACGCCCAAAAUUUGUGGGAGCUUUUCUAAAUGCAACAAUCGACUAAUAGUUCUCUUAAAUAAAGGAUAAUUUUGCUGAGUUUUCACACUCAUGGGUAGUUUAUUCCAGAUAGCACUUUCAUUCACAGAAACGAACGGACGAUACUUAAUGGUAUGCGCCAGAGGAAGAAAUAAAAAUGCCUCACAGUGACUAUUACGUGGGGGUUGACAUGAUGUCUUAAAGCAGUGAGUGGGUUAAAGGUACAAUUAUAUAAAAUCUUCAGUAGUAAAAAUAGCUCCUUUUGUAAUUUAUAAAACCAUAAACUAUCAAGGCCUUUUGGCCGGCAACGUUCUUAUUAAGACACAUUUCGGUGUUCCAGGGUUAAAACAUUGUCGGUAAAAAAGUGAUUGACGGAGUCUAUUAUCUUUUGAUCAGUAACGCACAUUAGGCUAAAUAAAAUCGAACAAUAUUCGAGCCCAGUUCUAACGUACAUUUUAUAAAUGCACACUUUAAUAUCGCAGGUUUUAAAGUUUUGAAGGAUGAACCCGGUCGUAAUAGAUGCUUUGGAGACUAUCGGGGUGCAGUGGUCGGAAAGAUUGAGACUCUUGGAGCAUGAUACACCUAGAUCCUUAAUAACCCCAUACACAUUUAUGUCGUGGCCGUCAGUACUUAGAUGAGGUUGACGGCCGUCGCCAACCACAUUGACUGAGCAUGUAGUACCAGAAAGAGAAAGGCGCCAUGUGCAACACCACUGGGCAAAGUCCUGUAGGCCGCUCUUUAGGAGCUCAAGCACGAUGUCGCGAUCUGCCGGCUUAUGCCUGUAUGUAUGUAUGUUUUGUGAAGUGACCAAAUUCUAAAUGUUUGUAGUUUUAAUCCGAAGGUUCUGCCUGUAGCUCUCCAAAUCGCAAUUACAUAAAAUACAUACAUGCUGUUCGGGCGCGACUAAAUAAAAACGAAGCUCACGGUCCACAUACUUUCUACACGCUAUCGCCGACCGCAAAUUGGAUUUGAAAAAUAACUUUUAAAUUAUUUUGCACGCAGAAAUGCACCAUAUACUUAACAACAGAGAUAAAAAAUAGACAACUGUUGCCAUUUCAUGCAACGGGCUGUUGACAUGAGAUUGCGAUGCGUGGACAUUAAGUUUAGAGUGUGUCGUGACGCAUAACUCUUCGGCGACUUUAUAAUCCUCAUCAGAUUCGCUCAAUUGCGCUUCCUAACAAGCACUUUUAAUAUGUCUCAAUAGUGAAAGCUCCACCUCUAAAUAUUACUUGCCCUUAUUUCUGAUCAUUUUAGAUUAUGUGAGUGAAAACGUACUCUAUUUUGGUGAUUCUCUUCCUUUUGAUCGUAGUGGGUGCGUGCGCAUGCAGCGAUUUAUGAAGCUAUUCGGAUAGCCAUUCUUUGUUUAUUGGUCCCGGAGAUGCCGUUGUUCUUCCAUCCUUCCUGAAAACUCGCUAAUGUGCGUUUUUACGUGGUCGAAAAGUGCCCUCACACAGCGCCGUUUGUGCACCAAUGGGUGGUUGCUAUGAUAGUUUAGGACCUGGGUUGUUUGACAUUGCCGACAAAGGCAAGGUAGACCUGGGUUGUAUUGGUCGCCUUUCUGUACACUGUAGUGCUGAGUUUACCAUCAGGUGUGCGCGUGAUGAGCACAUCAACGAAGGGUAGGUUCUCAUCCUCCUCGUUUUCUUUUGUAAAUUGAAUGUCGGGAAGAUUCUGUUAAGAAAGUCUUGAAAACCCGAUAGACUGUCCUUUUCAAUUAUGACAACUGUGUCGUCCACGUAUCAGCGCAAAAACGCAAGUUUGCAGUGGCUGAUGGCAAACUUUUCCAGCUCUUCUAGGACCCAUUCCGCAACUGGACUGGAUAUUGGGGAACCCAUGGGUGUUCUUUCGAUUCGUUCGUAUGUUCUGUCAUCGAAGGUUAAGAAGGUUCGUUGGCAUAAUGCAAAGAGCUGCAUUAGGUGCUGGAUCUUUAAGGGUCCUGUCGUUUCGUGGUACUUUUCUUCGAGGCGUUUACGCAGCAUGUCGCGCGCCAUGUCUGGUGGGAUGAACAUGAAAAGCCAGGCAACUUCGAAGGAUACCAUGAUUUGGUCGGGUCGACAAAUAAGCCUGCUGAUCAAUGACUGCCACUUACGCUUGCGCUAAUACCGAACUGUCAUAGAAUAAAGACAGGCGGAGUGUGCGACAUUACUCGUCGAAUCAGUUACCGAGUGUCUGGACCGCGCCCGAAGGAAGGAUGCAAGAACUUCGGCAUCUCCGGGGCCAAUUAACAAAGAACGGCUAUCCAAAUAGUUUCAUCAAUCACCACAUACGCACGCACACACGACGGAUAAACGGAAGAGAGACACCAAAAAUCUAGCCCGCCCUACUGUAGAGAACGCACGAUGUCACGGUCGGCCGGCUUAUACCUCUAUGCAAAUUCUAGAUCGUCAGCAUACAUGAUGGGCUUACCAUUCUGAAAUAUAUCUGGUGCAUGGUUGACAAGUGCAAGCUAAAUAAACCAAGUAACAUAUGCUUGAGUUAAGGAGUUGGCCGAUCUCUUCAUUCUCAUGAGUCUCAUGAUAUCUGUCUGGAUUUAGACAUUAUAGUUUAUUAAUAAUCCAGUCCAGCCCUAAUGUCAAUGCACACUUAUAAUAAAGGAAAUGUGGUAAGAGGGCUUUUGCUGUUGCGGCCUGUUCAAGGCAAAAAAGAUAUGUUGUAAAUCAUAAAGGAAACUAAAAGAUUAUAAAUGUGUCGGAUGUUUCUUUUAAUUUAUUGAGUAGGUGUACAAUUGAUCACGCGCAGUGAAAAAAGUAAUCAGUGGAAAAGUGGGUAAUAUCCUAAAAUUUGCUGAAUGCCCCUAUAUUUGAAAGAAACACGUAACUAGUCCGGUAAAGCAAUGGACCAUACAUCUCCAUGAAAACAGUCAAGGGGUUUUAAUAGUGGAGAACUAUAACCACUCCCUGAGCGCAAUGCCACAUAUGAUGUAAAGUGUUUCGGUAGCCAACUCAAAAGACCUGCUGUGUAAAUACCUUUGUAGGUGUUCGUGGCACGCAUUGGCCUUCGCCAAUUUUUGAAUAUAUUUACUUAUGCAGAUGACAGACACUGGGAGUCGUCAGCGGGUUGUAGACGCCCAGAAAGCCUUGGGUGUAUGCGAAACGGCUUCUAGCACUUUUGAUGCUACUGAGGCCAUGUUUAGUAGCUGAAAGUUGUCAAAAUGCUUUAGAAGGACCGGGCUAGAUGAGCGGCAAAAUCUGAGACUAUUUCUAUGACCCGAAAACGAGUGAGCUUUAGAUAGCGAUAUAAACUUCUAUACAAGAUUUUGAGAAAUUUCCAGUUGUGUCUGCAUCCCGAUCGCUCUCCGAAACAUCGUCUGCGCCUAUCUCCUAACCAAAGCAGACAUAUAUUCUAGGCCUGAUUAUUCUGUAAUUCCAGAAUGAUAGGAAUGCUUCAUGUCAGGCUUGGCUUUCGUCAAGGGGGCUUUAAUGUUCCAAUAUGACAUGACAAUAUUCAGUGAACUCCAGAAAUCACAAAACCUGGUAGGAUUAAGGGCCAAAAAACAUUUCUCAUCCUGCUAAAUUUGAUUCUAAACGAGAUCAUAUUUGUGGCAUUUUAUGCAGUUCGCGAGUACCGCGGUAAUAGAUCAUACCGCAGUAUGGGCCAUCGUAGCAAAUUUUUAAUUAAGACACCGACACAUACAUUUAUGAAGACAUUCACCAAUUGCUUGCAUCUGGUUUGACAAAGGGACAUCUUUUGGUCGGAUAUGAUUUGCAUUCACAUAAUUCAUGCUUUCUGAUGUCCUGUGAUACAGGACCUUCUUUUCGACGCUUCCAGACAUUCAGAACGCAUUCAGUCGUUUAACAAAUCUUUGUGAAUUUUUGAUUUGUGCAUGUUUUACUAAACACCAAGCUUGACUUGCUAGUUAAAUCUCUCAUGGCUGUUUAUUUAAAAAAUUGCCUUCGAAAUACUCUCAGAGUCUGUAAUACACGCGUUUCCUUGGCAGGCAAACGGUGUGGAUCAUUUAUUGACCUCAUUUCAUAGAUAUCUGAAUCAAGAUAUCAGGCCACCGAUGUCCGUUAUCAAGUGACAUUUUAACACCCUACAAUUGAACUAUUUUCCUAGUUUCUUUUGGGAUAGUCGUUCCUAGGUUUAUGAACCUUGAGAAUCAUGACUGAACCAUUAUACUUUUUGCCAAUCCAACAUCGUUGCAGGCGAACGCGCAGUGGAUGGUCAAAAUGCAGAGUCAGACGUUACGCUCAAUAGUAUCUGAUUACCCCCCAAUACGACGUACUGCUUUUACCGACGGUAAUUGAAACUUGGUCUGGGUAGAUAACGCAUUUGCAUGAAGACUGUGUACUUUUUGGCCUUUGGGCUCGUGAUUUUACGUCAUAACAGACUUAGUAGGAGCAUAGCCCCUUUUCUGUACGAUAAUCAGCUAUAAACCUCCAAUUUUAAUACCAUCAUUAACUCGAAUCAGUGUGCAUUCCACUACUUUCCGACCUCGAAAAUGGACCUCUGGCUUUAUCCGGUCGGAGCUUUUUAUGUUACCUUCAGUAAUGAUCGUUGAAACGGCAAAGAGCAGAUGCAAAUAGGUCUAAAAUCCAAUAAGGUGGGUGAUCGUGCCGAUAUAUUCGCCUGGGAUAACCGUCCUCUAUGACCGCAUUAUGUCUUAGCGCAUAUCCGGUAAAAUGAUCUCCUCGUUUAAUUUCUGGGUCCUUCGGGCCUGCGGCGGGGGCGCUCAUUACAUAUGUAGGCGUUAUUUCCAGAUUCUCGAAUAUACGUACCACAAUACAGUAAGCCAGAGGAAUCCUUGGGAUCCUUUGAUGUCGUUUCGCUCUUCACCUAUAUUUCACACCAACUAGUGAUAUACGUUGUGGAUCAACCACUGGCAGGGCGUUAUGAGGAGAGGGACAACCCCCUGAUGUGUGAACACCUGUUCGAACUACUUCGAUAAUGUCUCGAGACCUAUUUCACCUUUAGUGGACAGAUGUACGAACAUAUGAAUGGAACUCCUAUGGGUUUCCUUCAAUCAAGCCUAAUCGCUGGAGUAGUACUUCAGCGGAUAGAACAAUUGGUUUUCACCGAGUGCCAAUAUUUAGGUCACUUCAGCCCUCCUAAACUAUUACCCAGGGAUGUUUGCCAGCUAUAUUUUCUAAACUAUAAGGGGUUUGGAUACAUUCGCUUUGUACACCGAAGAAUACCAGAUAUACGACUAAGACUAUCCGAUAAUGACAAACGAGUUAAACUGAAACAAAAGCACAAAUGAGAUAGAUAAAGUAAUGCUGCGUACUUUAGAAAGAAAAUUUUUUAUUAAAUUUGGCAUUUUCAAAACACCUAAACUGUGUUCAAUAAGAAAACGAACGUUUAAAAAGCACAUAAGUCCUGCUCGUAAAAAUCACUGAAAAAAUAAUACAGCGAAAGCGGGUUUACAUUGAAAAAUAGUUCGGUAUUGAAACGUACAAUUUCUAUUGUGGCGUUUAGCCAACGACCAACACGUUUGGCGUAAACUCCGAAGCCGCUUUUCUUUAGUUGUAUUUUGAUCCGUUACCAGGCCAUCUUAAGCAAUUUGAUAAGGACAAAAAGAAUUUCACACGGGUUCAACGAUUGCGACUUCACGAAAGCUAGUUUCAUAAGGUCAUCUUUGAGAAGUCAGUUGAUGACGAAUAAAUUUGCAUUACAUUGGCAUUUGUAAUAGUAAGUCUACAAUUUUGAGCGUAUUACGAGGAAUGUUCUGCCGUAAAGUUUUCCUGUCGUAUUCGGUGAAGCCGUGUAUUGUUUCAUACAAGAAUAUCCAUUAAAUGCUUCAAAUAAUUUGCAGUUUAUGGUGUUUCAGUUGACUGCCCAUAAAUAUGCGUUUUGCCUGUACGCUUUUCAUAAAUUAAAAUAAGAUAACUCUUGAAGGCAUUAUUUAAGGAGUGAGCUAUUUACGCUGGUGUCCAUUUGGAUCAAAAUUGUGGACCUAUCCAAACUUUGCUGAUAUGAACGAUAGAACUCACUAUCCCUAUAUACUCAGCACAUUUUUACUACAUUCGCUCUACAAUUACAGACGUAUAGAAGAGUGACCAUGCAAAAAUUGCAUAUUAUUCAAACUGCAAUUACUCUGGUCGUUCCAUUCCCAUAUUAUGUAUCAGCAGGAACUGGGCCACAUUUCGCUUUUUGCCGAAGUUACAAUUGUAACGAUGACCAUUUGAUGAUGUGCUAUUUAACGGUUAAUUAUAAAGUAUUCGCAGUUAGCAGGAAAUUAUCGGUACGAUUAAAUAAUGAACUUACAUAGACUUUAUUGUUGCGUUUCGGAGCAUUAUAUCAUACAUACAUGUCUGCAAAUCAGCCUUUAAAGUCGACGAAACAUCCUGGUUUUUUUAAAGUACCGGGAUUUUUGCCUCCAUCAGAAUCCGAUUUACGGAACAAUUGAUCAAUUUUUAAACGGAACAAGUAGAACACUUUGGUUUAGAUAACCACGCUCUCAUACUAAAGCAAGCAAGAUACACGGCUCAGUGUAAAAGAGCUAAGUUGUUGAGAGUGUUUACGGUUUAAGUACACUAAAAAAUGGUCCAGAUUCCCAUUAUCAUGCCUCAUGUUUGGCUACAUGGUCUACUUUAGGCAUUGUAGAUUUCUCCAUGUCUUCGCUGAACGGAUUUUUAGCCAGUGAUUGUGCUGCCAGUAUGGCAAAUAAUUACCUAGUUGUAUACUACUGACUGCCUGUCGGUAGCUUGUGAAUAUUGCGCGGUUAUUCACCAGUUGCUGAUGAAUUUCAGCUGAGAUAUUCAUACCAGAUUUAAGACUGAGUCUUAAAAAUUCAGCUCCGUAAGAUUUAACUUCAGCUUCGCGAACUCAUUCACUCGGAAACUGAAUAGGGCGAGAUUACAUGACGUGUGCUCAGCAAAGUUGUUUAACCCUAACUUAAGACAGGCGAUGGGACAGUAGAAUUACAUUUACCAUCCUGACGUGGACGUAAAUAGAUAAAGUUCACCUGUAAGUCCGUUGACAUCAGGCUUUUGGAUUAAUUGGGUGAAUAUGACUGACCACAACAGCGUUUGCUUGUGUGCAUUUGUCGGAUGCUCAUGAGCCGCGAUCGCCUGAUUUCUGCUGUGGCGCAGUUGUCAGGGUCGAAAGACCUCAAGCCUUUGCUAAUAAUUCAAACUGGCACUUCUAGAUCUUCGCCUAAUCUCUGUGGAUAUUCUUAUUGAUUCCAGAGACAUUAAUAUUUAGGCAUUCGGAACAAUCUUUCAUUUUUAUAGCUGUACCUAAUAUUCGUUUAUUUGCACCGUGGUUGCACCAUUCUUUCGCCGUGAUUUUAGAGAUCAAUACUCCCCAAUUUACCAAAGGAUCCAUCUGAGGUAAAGUCGUCUAAACACAUCUGAUCGUCAUUUCUUCUUUUUAAACUUAUCUCUUGUAGCCGAUAUAUUUUGGCUGCAACAUUUCAGACUGUUCAGCAGCAUUUUGGUUUGUUUGUAAAAUAAUAUUUGGUUUUUUUCCACAUUAUGGACACUCCACGCGAAUCCAAAUUCUUACUGCGUGCCAUUUGUUGUCCAAAUUUGCUUCUGAGGCUGUGCAGUGGUAUUCCAUGCCCCCUGCAACCCUCAUGCAUAAUACACCCUGUAAACAUGUCACAACAGCGAUUCAUGAAGAUGUGCUGGUCUAUUUUACGGCCAAUAAACGGGGCCAAUAGAUCCGAGAAAAUUCCAUUCAUCUAAACGAACCAAUCUCAUUUGUCUCUCGAGUAAGAAAAAGACGGUCAUGCAAAUUCGCCCUCUCUUCUAGCACCAGAUCUCAAAUAAUCAGGGUCAAAUAAAUGUUUUCCGUCUUAUAGUGUUUUGUUUAGGUCUCAUUUAUAGUGAUGCAGCUUAUUACUUGACAUCACGAGCAGACUACAUUUGAUCAGUUUCACUGUCCUUAAGGAUAUGAAAUGUUCCCCGGUUGAAACAUUUAUCGUUGUAUUUUCCUAACUAAUUCAGUCUCAUAGGACCACUGCCAGGCGAAAAGAUGAACGAUAUUUCUAGCAUAUCACUGUAUUGGCAAUAAAAAGUACAUAUCAGAGAUCCACCUUUACCUGUUGAGGUUUAAUGUGGACAUUGAAGCAUAACUCACCAGUUAUGGACAAAGCAACUACGUCGGAGAAGUAGGCAGAUUGUUCUGAACGCGAAUGGCCGAACACGCGGCAGCAGCGCGGAGAAAUGACACCAGCUCUCAGUUUACAGCACAUUCGAUGAGAUUUGAUGGCCCGUUCAAAUUCCAUGGGCCCAAAAUUCUCGCUGGACAUGACAAUCGCGUGAGCCACCAACUGCUUGAGCCAUGGUUUACUAUCUCGCUCUGUGUAUUCCAUAUUCUCUUCUAUAUCUAAUGCUGAGACUUCGACAAGGCAGCGGAAUUAACCAUGGUGAAGACACACGGGCGAAGGCUGUUCUCGACGCCAGGAUGGGCGGGUCAGAUGGAAGAGAAAUCAUCACACCAUAACCCAACAUCCGUGAUGAAAUUGCAAGGAUCAAUGACUGGCGUGUCAGCCAUCAAACAAUCAUCACAUCACGUGCAACAGCACCUGAUGAAGCGGGAAUCGUGAAUUGUCAUAGCUGUGUGGUUGCAUGGCGACUGCAUCCUCUAAAAACUGCAGGUCUUUGUGCAUGCUCUACCCGUACCUGCUAUUUUCUCUGAUUGUGGGUUCGAGCCGUAAUCCGAAACGUCAGGCGAGCAAACCUCUUGUUUCAGCAAUGCUGGUUCCGCCGUCGCAAAAAUGAAAAUCACUUCAUGACUGGCAAUCAGACCUAUGAUAUGUUUCAAGAACCUAGACCUAUAUUAAGGGAAAAGAAUGCCUUUUGUAAAAACGGAAUUGAUGAUAAAAACUUUAACUCAUUUAAAUGAUUGGAUCUAUCUGUGAAUAAGUCGCCGCUGAAUAUUUCGCGCUGAUCCCGUUCCAGAGUUACUGUUAACGACAGACAAAGAAAUUGGCAAUAUCUGUAAAACUUUUGAAGUGGAGGUAGCGUUUGGUAAAGAGACAGAUGCUGCUUUUUCCUGUGAACAAAGUAUUGAUUUCCAAGUUUUCAGUAACAAGGCCUGACUAAAUAGAUUAGGACCAGCUAAUUGGCUACAGUUAAGUCAGCAUUCAAAUAUAUCCUGACCAGUGUCUCAGCAUAUUAAGAACUAUUUAUAGUUAACAAUACAACUUAUGCGAAGUUAUGGUCAGAUAUGGCGGCACAUAUAGAAUAGCCCCAUGGGGUCAUAUUGAUGUGGAGAUGAGCAGCAUUCAGACCGGUUGUUCUAUUAAUUUCGAUUGGAAGAUUUUAAUAAGGCUUUGUUAGAGAGAUUAUGCCAUACUCUUCAGAUAUUUAAUGACUGCAUUUGCCUUACGUACUUUCGCUCAUGGUCAUGGUCAGAUUCCUCCGCCCACUCACCUCCACUAUCAGGAAAACCGCAAUUAUUUUCAGGCAAGCUGAUGCACGGAAGGUACACACCAUCGAAUAAGUGAAUUGUGGCUUGAUAGGAGGCUGCAUGGCAUAAUUCGGAAUGCUUCGGCGCCGACGGGGAGGAGAUUUCUUGUGGCACUUUGGGGCGAAAUGGCAUUGUCAGCGAUUUUAAUAAGACAAUAUCCGUCAGAGGUGAGGAUAGCAAGAUAAAUAACGACAAGUUAAGGGGACAUUAGCUAUUCAACAAUUGUGUUCUCAUCCGAAGCUUAGGGUUCACUUGACUCUCUGUUCCUCUUGCUUUGGGCGUUUUACAAACACGUAAGCAGUGGCUUAAAAACGUCCUUUGAUAGCUAAUCCGUCUGCACUGGUCGCGAUGUUAGACUUCUUGUGUUUCUACUUUGGCGUUGCUGCAUUGAGUGUCGAUACGUUUCAAAUGUUUUCACACAGCAUCACUUGUGUGCAACCCGAUACUUGUUAUUAAAUCUGGGAAAGUGUUUGUUUUCGUUGCUCCCCCGUUGAAAACUGCGUUUGAUUCUCAAUAGAGAUUUUGCCUAACAACUGCAUCAUGAAAGGACAGUUGGUGCUGCUGUUUCUUUUUCUUGCCUCGUGAAAUGCAUGUGAGACGAUUGCGUUAGAAAUAUUAUAGGAAUUCUGCAGCACAUUAUUUCUGACGAUUCUAAAUAUAUCGUCAUCUUGCAGUGCCAAAAUAUGGGCUUUUUGAAGGCAGUUAUUUUCCUUCCUCCUAAACACAAAUUCAGGGAGAAUAUUCGUCAAUAUUAUUGAACGAUUUUUUGAAUCAUUUCAAUAAGUUUCUCUAUGCAAAAUUAGUUGACUCUCUAUGUGCUAGUAAAACCGCUAUAUCCUUCAACGACCACGAAUAUCAUGUAUGCCUCUCACAUUAUCAUUUAUGACCUCAAAACGUCGACGGCCGAACACAGACUAGUUUGUUCAGGACCUUAAAUGCAGUGUGAUAGUAAGUUAAUUUCCAAAACUCUUUUUAUAAUAAGCUAGUAGGCGGAUCAUGUUGAAAUAAUGCGGUAUGAGUGGUCUCUUGAAAUUAACCUGUAUCGGUUCAUUUCCUACUUGAAGUUUAUUCCUCUACGUGAGCAAUAUGCAAGUGUUAUGACGGCGGGGUGCACUUUAUGAAAAAGUCUGCAGACCAUUUUGUUUUUCUCAAUAGACAAUAUCGACUGCCCACAUCGAACCGUACACUGACAGAUUUCGUCUGCCUUACAGGCAACGCCCAUGUCAUAUUUCCUUCAAAACCUAGUUUUUGUAUGAACGUGAACGCUUACAACCCCUUCUCUUUUUAGGCAAACACAUUCGAAAAAAAACUGUUUUGCUUAAAUGAGACCAGACAAAGAAUAAAAUGUGUUAACUUCGCCCUGGGAAUCGUUUAAUACUUUGUUAAUAACAAUCUUAAAUUUGUACUUUCGCCUUGCAAAUGAAUGUGUAAAAUUUCAACAACGAAAACUUAAUCGUAGGGGUGAAUGUUCUGCUUAAAUCAAAAAAACAGGUAGUGUCAGUAAGGUUCUCGUCAGUGUUUCAUGACAUUUAUUUGUUGGAUGUUAUACCUUACAAAAGGAAUAAGUUUUAGAUAGGCAAAUGUGACAAAAAGUUAAAUAAAACGCCUCGAUAUUGCAUCCUCGUGGGAAAUGGUGUCCAUCAUACUAACAUAUAAGUGUAUUUUGUUUUAAGUAGUUGAAACAAAAACGCCGUGUAACGUAUCUUCUUGAAGAUCUCUCGAAGUACACGGACACCAACCUGUGGAUAUGCGGGAACAAAGUGGGAAAAACAAUGGACAACCUCAACACCCCAUCGGUGUUUUGUAAUUGAAAUCUGUAUGCCAACAGCAAACUCUUCAUAGAUGAUAGAGGGAACCAGCGUGUUGGUGGCUCUCGUCCGUUUAAGGAAACUGAAUUGCUCACCGGAUCUCACACGGAUCUCUUACUUUUGCUAACCUAAUCUCCUCCGUUUGUUCGCCGUGGGUGUGUGCGGAGGCAGCAGCUGACGAAACUGGUCGGAUUUUCAUUACUUGCCAGUUGGUCCCGAAGAUGCCGUAGUUCUCGGACUCCUCCCUCUGGCUCAUUGCAGUGCGUUUUUACUGCUGUCCCACAAUAGGUGCUCUUGUUGCUGUACAGCGAUUUGUUUGGUUCAGCCAUCUUUCAGCAUGUAAUGGUCUCCAUUCCUCUACCACUCCUUCUAGUGAAGACAAUGAUAUAUGUAAAUCUAUUGGGCGUUCUUAACCUCGACUUUCAUUUAGUGUUAUACGAGAAUCGGGAUUAUUGCCAUAGGGAUGAAUGACUCCGAAUUCCAUUCAUUCAAAAUGGGCUCGAGAGGCGUCGAAUGCCUAGGUGAAAUUCAAUCUUGUCCGCCGAAAUCGCCUUUUAUUUUUCGCUUACGUCCUUGAAAUUACCUCACGCGUUACGCACAAAAUCAUAUAUGCGGUGAUGCAUGGAAGGAAUUAACUAAUAACCUCUUAGUUGGGGAAAUAAAAUUUACUUUACUUUCAGAGCGAAUGCGUCGUCCAUUCUGCUGGGCUCAAUUUCGAAAGGCUUCACCCUGCACGAAUGUCCUGGCUACGCAGGAAGCUAUUAUAGACAGGUCAUUUAACCGACCAUGUCACGACCUUAGUCACGAAACACGCCAUUGAAAAGAUCUUUGUGGUCUAUUAUCGAGGAAAACAAGCAAGGAACGCCUACGGUUGAGCCAGGCGUUCCAGCAGGUUUAAAUUUCUAUUAACUUUCAAGUUGGCAGCGACACAGUCCGGGCGAAUCCUGCAUACGAUCAGUAGCACUAAUACGAUCGAUAUUCGAAAUCCCUCUGCAGAUCCCUUUAUCUUCUUGUGUUGGCAUUGUAUAUAGCCCAGCCAGCACCAGUCCCGCAUAGUCCAGCUUAAUCUCCUCAAAUAUGGAGGGGCUUAAGGAGGCCAUAAUGGGGGUAUGACUGGCCAUUCUACGCGAAAGCCCAGCCUGGCCACAUCGACAAGAAAAAUGCGCAAGGCACGCCACCUUUUCGCCCACUUUUGGCACCUCCUUAAAAUACCGACCUUUAUGAGGAGUCCCCUGAGGCGUAGUGCCUCACCGUUCCCACAUGUUGCACGUCCAAACACACCUGACGUGCCUAAAUUACUACGGUAUUACAUAGUACUCACAAUGACCCCUCUAAUCAGAACCCAAAAUCGGACACAAAACAGGCGACGCGAAUACAUGUAACUGAGUUAUUUAUUGUAGAAACAAAACGUAACUAUGUAAGUGACCCAAAAGUAAUCGAGUAGUAACUAAGAAGAAAGAUGUGCAAUCACAUUGAAUAUCAGUGUCAGUAUGCACGUGAACUGUAUCGUAUGUUAUGCCAUGGAAAGAACGCAACAUAUUAAAUAACUCCUUCGUAUUAGACAAAGGCAUUUGCGCUUCGUGGGUGAAAUCAUGCAGGGCCCUCGGAGAGGACUUGCCCUCAACUGCGUUUGUGCCGUCAAUGACUUUCACGGAUUCUACACGCAUUCUUCGUUUACAUAAGUAUAAUACAUACAGGCAGAGAUUUCAGAGCGCAAUAUAGGCAUUUCUCGUUCGGCGGAUUGAUUGCCAACUCCCGUCGGCGUUGAGGGAACCUCAGAAUCAAGCUCUUUAUUGCCCUUAUAGCAUGCCUUCAUGUGGCUUUUAAUGCGUUUCCAUAUGAUGCUUCGGUGAUAGCUAGAGUACUUGAGCUCCAUUAGGGUUUUGGAUAUUUAGUAAAAUACGAUAAACAAUUUGCAUAAGUGGACUACGGACACUAAGGCUACAUAGCACACUUAUUGACAUACAAGUCGACUACUUGAACUGGCUGGUGAGAAAUUACCCCAAAAAUGUCAAAAGAUACAUAAAUUAAGAGCAUGUAAACAGCAUUAGUUAACGUACGAUAUUAUCCGCGGCCGACUGUCAAAUGUAUAAAGUAAUAACACACACAGUUUGGUUGGCAAAUUAGAUUUUGCGCAAUGGGCGACUUAAACUUAACCGCAAUAUAUUAAGCUCAUCCACGGCCACGAUCAGAGGGAGAAAAUGGAUAUUUUCAGUAAAUAUUUAGUUACUGCUGAUGAAAUGGCUGCUAUCAGUGUUAAAGAGGGUUGAAUAAGUGGUGCUUUUGAGAAAUAAUAGGCCGUAUUAAUACGCCUAAAAGGCUUCAAUACAGAGGGGACUCCGGCACCACUCAACCCCUUGCCAGCCCUUCCUAUUGGAUCGUGUAUAUCCGUUAUGUUUUCUGAGCUAUCUCAUGCAAACGUAAAGGAAUAUGUCGUUUAGCAUUUUAGUAAAAUUAUCACCGAAGUUUACGCGUUUUCUCAUGUGGCUAACUGGGUAAUCUGUGAGAAACCGGUCAAAAGCUUUAGAAUCUACGAAAGGGCACGUCAGCAGAGUUAAUCGGGGCCCGAAUAAUACAGCUGGAAGCAGAUAGUAUUUAUAAUGCGACACUGAUCGUCGCGACUUCUGAUGAGGCGAUCUGUUGGACUGCCGUCCAGUGCAUCUGAACGAAGAAGCCUUACAGCAGAGACACUGAAAGCGGAUGAUGCAAUUAGUGCAUAUGAUCUGUUCUGCCCUGUUAGCUUUUACCAAUCACAUGUGUCGGAUCCUCAGUCAACAUCAAAUUCGCUAAAAGACUUCUUUAGGUUUAACGUUGACUUCUGCCGAGUGGAGAACGAAAUCUGCCCAGUACUCAUAUACAUAGACUGACAUUGCAUUGCAACGUAACGAGGUCAACUAAUGCAUGUUUGAAAGUAGCUCUACCGUAGUGGUAAUCUGCCCAUUUUUCCGCUAAAUAAUCAGAUGCUGAAUUGGAGAUUUGUUGUUUGAUGAAUAUGAUUUUUCUGCCAUCAUGUAAAACAGAACAAAAUAUAUGCCUUGUUGAAUGAACAUCAGUACAUAAGGUAUAAUGGUCUAGCAUGACAGUUAUCUAGAUCUCCUUGAUUCUCAGAGCCUGACUGAAUAUCUAUGAAGCGUCUGAAUAUCAGCAAUUACUUUUUGGUUAUAUGAUGUUUCACAAAACUGUAUUAUGUCAAAGCUUGUGAAUUGGUUAAAAAAUGCAGGCCCAUGAAUUUUAAUAGGUACUCGGUAGCAUGACGGCUGCAUCAUGUAAAUAGUGCUGCUAAUGUUACUGCGUAUAGUAUGAAGUUUGUCGAAUAUAAACGAGUGGGAUUCAAGCAUUACAAUUGUGCGAUUGAUUCGAAUAAACCUUUUUCACAGAUUCCGCCUAUUUUCUGAAAACAUGUACAAUACGGUAAUGAGUGUGUACGCGAAGUUGCGUCUUGUCUAGAGAAUAAAUUAGGCAGCGAUUUAGGAGAGUCGGUAGGGAUCAAAGCAUCUGGAUAUCCAAAGCGUGACUCUUAGCGUUCAGUUCAAUAAUUCCGUCGCCACUCCAUACAAUUAGUGCUUCAUUUGACACUUUUGUGCCUGGGUGAAUUUCAACUAGUCAAUAAAAUGUUAAAUGGGAAACAUGUUUCGGUCUGUGUUUUCCGAUGUUGCCAAUUGGUUUGCAUGUAUGUAACAAUGCAACGGACAACCCAGAAAUAUAUUGAGCCGAUCACUAAAUACUUUGGGAUAGCAGGUAAGUCGGCUGUUAGAUAGACCAAACGGUCACUCCGGACUUGGAGAGAUCAGGCGUGGGAUGGUUGUGAAGAUGACAGAUGUCAAUUAUAAAGUCUCUGGAUAUUUUACGGGCCCCAGCUACAUCUUCUAUUUACACGAGUUUGACAGUCUUGUCAGUGUCAACAAUCCUCUCCCCUUCUGCCGGUCUCCUGGUUACACUUAACACACAGAACAGGUGGAAGCAGUGCGUUUAGUCAACCAGAGCUUUGUCGGCUGGGCAAUGUCAUGACACGUUAUGUUUCCUGGACUAUCUCAUGCAAACUUAAAGGAAUAUGUCGUUUAGAUUUUUGGUAAAAUGAUUGUCGAAGUUUUCGCGUUUUCUCAUGUGCUUAACUAUACUGGUCCUCAAAAUUCCAAAUUAUUCAACAUGUUUCCCUUAAAAUAAUAAGCAUCGUUAAAACGCUAUUGUUACAUUGUACUAAAAGAGUCAUCUGUGAGAAACCGGACAUAAGAUUUAGAAUCUAGGAAAGGGCGCGUCAGCAGAGUAAACCGAGGCCCGAAUAAUACAGCUGAAAGGCGGUAUUAUUUAUAAUGCGACACAGAUCAUCGCGACUUCCGAUGAAGCGCAUUAUUGGGACUGCAAUCCAGUGCAUUUAACCGAAGUAGCCUUACAGCCGAGACAAUGAAGGCGGAUGAUGCAAGGACGCAAUUAUUCCAUAUGAUCUGUUCUGCCCUGUUAGCUUUUAACAAUCGCAUCUGUCAGAUUCCCAGUCAAAAUCAAAUGCGCUGAACGACUUUUUCAGGUUAAACGUUGAGCUCUGCCGGGUGGGGAACAAAAUCUGCCGAGUACUCAUAUACCUAGGCUGACAUUGCACAACAGCGUUAUUAGGUCAACCAAUAGGUGAUUGAAAGAACGUCAACUGUCGUGUUAAUGUGCCCAUAUCUCCGCUAAAUAAUGAGAAGCAGAAUUGGAGACUAGGCAUUUGAUGUCAAUUAUCUCUCUGCCAUAAUUCGAAUCAGAUCAAAAUGUUUGCUUUGUUGAAAGAGUCCCAGUAAAUAAGGUAGACGUAUCUGGCAUGACAGUAGUCUGGAUCUCCCUGAUCCUCAGCGUGUGGCUGUACAUCUAAGAAGCGUCUUGGUUACGUAAUGUUUUACGAAACUGUAUUAAGUCAGAGAUCGUGACUGGGUAGAUAAAAUGCAGGAUUAUGAAUUUUCAUAGGCAUGCGGUGUCAUGGCGACCGUGCCCUAAAAAUAGACCUGAUCCUGGUGUACGAACUACUCGUAUCCGCUUUUGUCUCUAAUGAUGGGUUCGGGAAGGAAGCUAAAGCCUCGGGCGAAUAAAGUUCAUGAUGCAGCAAUGAUGUCUCCUCCUGCCCAAGCAGGAUUUCCUCAGACAUCAAGAUAGAAUCUACGAAACUGUCUACACGGUUCACUUAAUGAAUUGGCGCUUUGGCAUAUUUUACCAAUUUCUUUAGCCCCUUGGUUUGCAUAUCUGUAGAAUAAAAGAAAUUUGGUGUACUUUAGUUUUAAAGGGUUACUAGAUUGCAUGUUUGCAUUUGACGAAGACGAUAAUGUUAUUGCGUGUAGUCUGAAGUUUGUCGAAUAUAAACGCGUGGGAAUCAAGUAUCACAAUUGUGUGAUUAAUUCAAAUAAAACUUUUUCACAAAUUCCGCCUAUCUUCCGAAAAUGGUACAAUACAUCCAUUAGUAAGUAGGAGCAAUUUCACCUUGUCUAACGGAUAAAUUAGGCAGCACUCUAGGAGCGUCGGUAGGGAUCAAAGCCUCUGUAUAUCUAAAUUGUGACUCAUAGUGUUCAGUAUAAAAGAACCGUCUCCACUCCAUGCAAUUAGUGUUUCAUGUAGGAUGAAUACAUAAUUAUUUUAAAAACAAAUUGGAUAAACGUAUGUGCGGCACUUUAUAAAAGUGUAAAUUCAACAUGAAGAACGAUAAUCACUUUGUAGAGCAUUGUCAUCAUGAGAAUGGUUCAUCAGAAAUUACACUUAUACCAAUUACUUAAAGAAUAAUGUCACGAUAUAAAUAUAGUCCGUACGUAAUAGUCGGAUACAUUAUGGCUGGGAAUGAAACGGAAUACAUCAAAUAUCUUAAUACGGAAUUAUUAUUCUCUAAGAAUUCGUAGACUGUUACGUGUGUAUUUUUGUAAUCCUGAAGCCUGCAACGUCAGAAAGGUUCUUUUAUGACAUUUUAAAUUAAGGAAAAUGUUCCAUUUCCACCUAUGCCUGCUAGCCCUCACUCCAUAUCGUUCUCAGUCUAAAGGCUUAGUUUAAGAUUAUUCCGCUUGCUACAAAAGCAUAUUCAAAAACUGAGGUUGAUUAGCAGGCAAAACAAGUCGAAAAAAGGGGAAAAAAGUAAUGAUCGCACUCGUAUAUAAAGUGGCAUUUUUCACUGCGAAAUAUCGUCUAGUCGCAAUGGCGUUGCCCUACUUGACUGUGGUGUUGACCAUUGUCCUUUUUAACUUAGGUAGGCUACCAUUAUGUUUACAUCGUACGAGUUAAUCCUUGCUGUCAUUUUCAUUUUGCGCGCUUUUACCCAUGCUAUGUUUUUGCAAUGCAAAAGAUUUUGGCAGGGAAAUUGUCUCCACGUUAUAAAUGAUUUUGCGAAGUGCUGUUUUAAGAACUUAGAGCCGAAGGCAUCCUUGUGUCUCUGCUUAUGACAUUUCGGCAUAUUUCAAUGAGUUUAAAUUCCCAAAAUUAUUCUCAGUAGCGUAAUCAUGAAUUUUUCUCUAACAGUUACAUUUUCUUCCCUCGGUUAGUUUUUUAUUUAUUUUAUUUAUUUAAUAAUUGUAAACUAGGAUGUUGACGUUUGCUCAGAUUCUGACUCCGAGAUGGCAAUAUGUUUGUUCAGUUAUCUAAAAAUUUAGCACUUCCUGAAGGUUGUACCUACGUUAUGUGACGUAAAGGCAAAACCACCAGCCGAGGCGCAACAAUAUAAUGAUAUUUUUUGAAACAUGGGCCGAUAAUACUCAGAAAAGUGCAAGUUAUAAUGGUUUAUUUGGAGCAUUGAGAGGUUUAUAAUUUUAAAAACGAUUACGAAACACCCAAACCAAAUUAUCGGUUUCAAAUAACGAAAGAACAUUAUAAUUUAAUGCUUAGAUAAGUCAGCGGUCCAAACAUAUAUUUGCUUGGAAGAAAUACUAAGUUCGUUCGCCAAGAAACCCUUGUUUAGAUGCUUUUGAAGAAAUAAGUUGGGCAGUUAUAUGGAAGGACACGUGGAUUGUCUAAAUAACCAGAUAUAUGUUUCAGUCUACAUUAUUUUCGCCAUCUUAGUACUUCUCAUAUUGAGAUCGACAAAUACAGCCAUCCUCGUACGCACAUUUUUUAUUUAGUCGAGUCAUAACAAUUACAUAUGCACAAAAAGAAAUUUCACACAAAGGAUGUACCGUCAAACAUAUGACUUCUGCAUAAGUAGUCAGAUUCAGCUACUCCUGCUUACAGACCCAUUGCCUUAUACGUUAAUGUUGCGGUAUUGUAGGUGGUUACUAUAAUCAGUACAUUCAGGCUCAUCUCUGAAUUCUUAAUUGCUCUUCUCUCCUCAUUGUAAAGGUUCUUCUCGACAACAGGCACACACCAGCGUCUGCGAAAAAAAGUACUCCGGUUGUGUGGGCUUCCUCGAUAAGCAGGAUAACUUUUCAUCCUAUCGUCAAUGCUUGAAGGCCUGCGAUUUCAAAAACGGUUGGCUUAUUUUCUAGAAACAUUUUUAGACCUCUUUUUAUUUCGCAAAAUCUUAGCAGUAUUUUCCGCUGUUUAGUGCCUGGGGCGAAGUCGCGUAGAGCGUACUCCUGCAUCGAUUACUCUAAGCCAUGUUCUCCGUUGAAAUUUUAUCAAAUCCACUCAUCUACCGAUGCUUUCUUCGAAUGGACCAAAUGCCUGGAAGUAUGUCAUGCACUCACCAACGGUAAGGUUAAUUUGCAUUCUAAACCAGCGUCAAAACUCAUUAUAAUUGUGCGUCGAUGCGAUCACCUACUUCAGCAUUAAUAGUGAGAGAUGUUUGACUUCAUCAAUUAUAACACUAAUCGAAAGUAAAGUGGAAGGGUUUAUUUGCGAAGAAACGCUAUGCUACCCCAUAAUGCACAUAAAUGGCUCCUGUUGUCGCUGCAGCAUUAAUUCAGUGGCACCCGUGUAGUUCUAUGACGAUGUUAUUAAUAAUUUUUUAACCUUUUCGUCCUAGACGAUGGGAAAGUAACGGCUUCGGGGGAGAUCUGCAUGCAACCGAAGAAAAAUUGCUUCAGUUUUGCAAACAGUGAAGGGACCGUUGACAAAUUCAUGAAAUGUUAUGUGGACUGCCAAGUAGCUAGAAAAGGUAAAGUAUUUGUUUAGCCAUUAGCUGAAUGAAUAUUGCUUCUUCACGUUUAAUGAUAAAACAUUUUUUUUGAUUCAGUAACCGAGACAUAUGUGAAGGACAUGUACGUGUGCAGUCCCAACCAACAAGAAUGCAUUAAUUCCAUAUUCUUUACCCUACCGGGAGAAAAGGAACCGAAACAGGUACUAACGAAGUGCUACCAGAACUGUGGAAUUGGCGAAGGUAGGGUUGAAAGAACGUUUUUUUUAUUUUUAUAAUGAUAUGUAUUUUCGUAAACUUGCUUUAUUGUACAUCUAAUGAUAAAAUAUUGUUCGAGCAGUUUUGAAUAUUCACAAGAACUGACGCGCGUUGGACAAAACUCUGCGCGAAUAGUAUCCUUAAAACUUGGACUGAAUUAUAAAGUGCUCGCAUAAUAUGAUCCAGAGAUGGCAGGAAUUAAUCAUCGAAUAUGGUAGAGAACACGGAAAUGGCGCUCAAGUCCCAAAAUGUCAGAGAAGUUUCUAUUUGAUGGACAGUAGAUGUGCAAAAUCAUGAAAUGUCAACCAAAAUUUCGAAAUGCUUUCUCGUUUCGAAAAGGUAAAGUAAGUAGUGUUGUAAAACUAAUCAUGAUACGGCAUAAAUCUAUAAUGAUCCAGCUACCUCAGGGUGUCGGCUGUCGAAAAAACUUAUUUUCGGCUGCAUGCAAGAUCUAUACUCUGCAAACAAUGACUACUUAAUGAGUACGCAUUGUUCUUAUUGAUUUUCGAUGCCCUUGAAAAUUCAAUUUUAUUUAAUGGAAAACAUGCUUAAACAUAUUCAUUCUUUUACAUAUUCGGCAGAAAAUCACGUCUUCUUCCAAUUUCAUACUUAAAAGAUGAGUAUAAUUCGGUUUUAAGAAGUUUCUAAUUGCGAGAUUUUUUAAUACUUUUAAAUGGUCGUUCAUAAAACGUCAUGUAUCUGCAUUAUCGAAUGUCGCUUGUAAUGUUAUCAAUAUUGCUCAAAUCCACUGCUUAAUAUUAUGAACCUUAUAUGGUCUCCUCUUAACACCGUCGAGAAAUGCAUGAUUUUCCGUACACGGAAAAUAUACAGCUUGUAGUUUUGAAACCCUGAAUGCAAGUGUAACAGCAGGUCGGUUCAGAAUUAUACGGGAAUAAGAAAAGUUUGUACAAAACCGAAUUUUACUCUUCUUUUGGGUAUGAAAUUGGAAAAAGACGUGAUUUUCUACCGAAUAAGUAAAAGAAUGAAUAUUUUUAUGCAUGUUUUUCAUGAAAUAUAAUUGAAUUUUCAAGGGCAUGGAAAAUCAAUGAGAAAAUUGCUUACUCAUUAAGUAGUCAUUUUUUGCACAGUAUAGAGCUUGCAUGCAGCCGAAAAUAAGUUCUAUCGAAAGCCGACACCCUGAGGUAACUUCAUCAUUAUAGAUAUAUGCUACAUCAUGACUAAUUUUACAACACUACUUAAUUUAUCUUUUCGAAACGAGAACGCAUCUCGAAAUUUUGGUUGACAUUUCAUGAGUUGCCACAUCUACUGGAUAUACCAUCAAAGAAAUUGGACUAACUGUAGGCCAAAAUAAAUAGAAAACCUGUAUUAAGUGAAACAAGCCUCGGACAAAUGGUUAUUUAGAAGAUUUAUCCCAAAAGUUAAAGAUAUGCGCUAUGACAAAGGAAAAGACGUCAAAAAGCAGGGGGAAAUUCCGAAGAGAUAUGAUAGACUUUCACAGAAAAUCACAGAUAUAUAACAAGAAAAAUAGAAACAACUGCACAUAAAGGACGCAUAUGCAUAAAUGGGAGGAAAUUCGAAAUGCGCACUAGUAUGCAUUGCAUAACGUAUCAAUUACGACCGAAUAUAGAGAUCAAAAUCAAAUCAACCAUGAUGCAGAGCAGAAUAAAUGCAUAGAAGUUAACUUAACGGAGUAAGGGUAAGUGGAAUUAGCGGAAUUAGGUCUUUAAGGAAUAGAAGCUCGAAGGCUUGAAUUUCUAGAGGAUGCAGUGACUACAAGUGCGCUCUGGUUCAAAGGCAAUACAUGCAUACAUACAUGCAUAGCCUGUGUCAGCGAAUAGGCUAAUAACUGUAGUCUGCAUGAGAAUGUCUGUGCAGAAAUCGGCAAUGGCCAAUGUAAACUUAUCUCGCAGAAGGCUGUCUGAUGCGGCGGUGACUGAUAGACUUGAUUUCACGUAGCAUACUUCAUUCAGGAAUUCUUUGCCUUUGUCCACUCAACCCUCAUCAGCUCUUCAUUUGAAACCACACCUACAGCACCAGCUCCCGAACCAGAAACAGGCGGCUUCAAAUGCGACGAAGAUUCCCAGAUUUGUGUACCCUGCACUGACGAGGAUAGCGAUUGUGCGGACCUAUCAACUUGUGAGGAGACAUGCGGCAACGAAGGUAAGUUCUCCUCUUCCGCCUCCUGCCUUCUUACUGUUAACUAACACCACGUGCUUGUUGCUGUUUUUUGUUUGCUUGGGUUUUCUCUUUUCCUUUUUGCACCUUCUUCUUUGCAUUACUCUUCUUUAUCGUCAUUAAUUUUUCAGCUUCUUCGGCUCUCAUUGCAUUUUCUUUAUGCAUUUUCUUACUGCUCAUCUUCUCAUGUGCUUUACCUUUCUCUUUCAUUUUAUGUUCUUGCCCUUUUCUCCUUUAAAUUUUUUACUAUUAUGUUGUUCUUUCACUCUUAGGCCUACCCCUAUUAGACUUCGUUGAUCCUGGUAUUCAUGUCAGACUCUCUGUGCUUUGUUUUAUAUCGUGGCAGCCUGUUGUCACUAUACAGCUUGUUGUGUAGCUGUGAAAUACUCAACGUCGCGUUUGAGUGGUCAAAUUGAAUGUGCAUGUCUACAGUGUCAUUUGAAGUGCCCAGGCGGCGCAUUUCGCUAGACGGUUUCAUCUGUCAUUUAAAUCCAUACCUUUUUCUCUAUCCAAUCGUAUUCGUGACAUGGGCCGGUUGAAUGCGCUUUGGCAACCAUAAGGGCGAAACAAUAUUUUAACCAAAUAGCGUUAAGCUUGUGACAGCUUUUAGGCAAUCAUUUCUUCGCAUAGACAUGGGAAGCUUCGUUUAUCGUUCGACUAUUUUUCGGACUAUUGCCUCUUCUCCUUUUUCUUCAUCUUCUUCUUCUCGUGAUUAUGUCUUCUAUUUUACUGCAUUUAACUUAGUCCUCGAUUUUGUAUCGUUCGCUCCUUUGCUAUUUCAAUUACGUCACAUUUAUUCUUCCGCUCAUGCCAAUUUUUGAUCCUACCAUAACGCCAGUAUCAUGCUUCAAUGACUACUAAUUGUUAUUCUAUUCCUUGUAGCUUAA